AUGCGAUUCGGGUUUAACCUGAUGGAACCGAAGAGGGAGGGACGGUAGGCGUGAGUGAGAAUCGGAUUGACAGGGGCUCGGCCCAACCACCUGCGGCGGGGACGCUGAUAGGCGGGAAGCCGCUCCAAUGGGUUCUGCAGGCAACGAAGCCCUCUUCCUGGGAAGGCCAAUAAGCGGGCGCACGAGGCGGCCUUUCCCCGAGCUCGGCUGGUGGGGUUGGUCCCUGCUCCUCCCCUCCGCCAAGCAGCAGCGCUUAGCCCGGGACUGGACCGAGUUAGAGUUGAGGAAGCGUUGGUGGAGCCGCGGAGGGUGCGUGUGACCCGCCGCCGCCGGGGCGAGCUACUUCUCCCCCCCGAGACUGGUGAGGGCCGUGAGAGGAAGCGGCUGAGGUAGAGGAGAGCCGGGUGGCUGGCUGGAGCCCAGCUUGCCCCUUCAGGGUGGGGAUUGGAGCAGCCCAGCCGUGCCUCGCAGCAACCCGGGCUAAAUGCCCCGCUGCGUGUCGCUCUCGCCUCACGCCAGCAGGGAUUGGGGGCGGGGGAGGGGGGCGGUUGGGGGGACGGACAGGAGGAAGCCCCCCUCACUGAGGGGCGCUGAGGGCAGAAAUGCGGGGGGGGCUGCCUCGGGGGGUAUCUGGGGUGGCGGCGUGGGGAGCGGGGGGGGGGAGAAGGGAAGGAUCCAUUUUAUCACGACUUCGUUUCCAACCGCCUCGCCCGCGGUUUUGUUUUCAAUGCCCUCCGCCCCGCCAGCUCCCCUCCCCCCCCUUUCGCGGCGCCCUUCUUUGCGCCCAGCGCUGCGCUCCGCGUAUCCUCCUCUCUCUCCCCCCCCCCCAUCUCCCGCUUUCUCUCGCGCUCCCCUCCCGUAUUGUUUGGCUGGGUCUCCUUAAUGGCGGCCGACUGGAGGCGGCAGUGCUGCCGGCCGACUGCAGGGGGCCAAACCCGACACCCGGGGCAAUUGGCAGGGACGGGCGCCAGGGCAGAUCUCGGCGCUGGAGGCGCGCGCGCGGGUUGUUGUUUUUGUGUGUAUGUGUAUAUGCGCGUGUGUUCGUGUGUGUGUUUGUUGGGGGGGGGUGUUCAAUCGACUUAACACUCGGUCCCCAGAGAGAGCUCUGAAGGGGGAAAGAAGAGGCGGCUUUGUGUAUGUGUUGGGUGGGUGGGGAGAAAGUCUUCGCUAUUGCCUCCUCUCCCACCCCCGCGCCUGUCCAAACUACCCCCCCCCCGCUGCCCUCCAGCAAAGGCUCCCAAGGCUGGGCGCCCUUGGGGAGCAGCGCUGGGGGACGGGGCCGACCCCCCACCCGAGGUGGGGCUGUGGGGGAGGCGCUGGGGCGGGUGGAGCCUGUCUCUGGGGCAAUAGGUUUGUAUCCCACUGGGAGAAGGGGGCUGUGCUGGAGGGGCUGAAGGAUUCAAAGUGGAGGGCCCUGCUGCCAACCCGUUUCUUUGCCCAGGAGGAAGGGCGUCUCCUGGAGGGGAAGAUGAGGAGGCGCGCCCACUACCUCGAUUAAAACACAAUUCAAGCCCCCCCCUCCCUCACGCUCCACCAGCACCUCUUCUCCCUAGGCUCCAGGCCAGUUUGGUGCAGCCUUGGCAAGAGCCUCGCAAGGAGAAGGAGCUCCAUUGUGAGUGCUAUUUAUAUGUUUUUCUGCCUUGGGGAGGAGCAGGAGGUAGAUCAUCCUUCUCCCCCCUUUUUUUGGCACGAGGAGUGGAUGGGUGUGGGGGGGUUAAGAGGAGGUGCUUCCAGGGUAAAAGGGGGGGUUGUUGGGUGCAGCAGCUGCUGCCCUGGAGCAAAGCCCCGGUAAUGGCCGUGAGGCGACUCCUCCCCCCGGGGUGGGCUCUGCUGCAGACAUCGCUCCUGCAAUACCAACACCCGCAAGCAGACGACGGGCUCCUGCUGCUCGCCUUACCCGGCUCGGCCGCGCGGGGGAGGGGAAUGGAGAGGGUAUCUUUCGAGUGCCCUCUAGAGUUUUGGAGCGUAUAUUAAAGCGCACAUUUAACCAGAUUUCGAAUUAAUUCCUUCGCAAUUCCGAAUCCCUGCAACCUUACCUGACUUCUCUGGCCGGCGAGAGGGAGACGACUUAAAAUAAUCCAGUCCUGAGCGAAGUGUGUUCUGGAUCACACGUUUUAUUUCUCGUUCAGGCGGAUUUGCUUAGGCAUGGAGGUGGGGAAGACUAUACAGUUGGACACAAUGGACAUUUUCAUGUGUUUCUCUGCUAAGGACAAACGUCUUAUUUGCCCCAUUUCCCUUUAAAUCCUGAUGCUGUCUGAGAAUCCCAUCGGUUGUGUCUCGUUGAGUGAAUUUUUUCAAGGCUAUUGCAAAGUCAGCGAAGAACCAUCCUUUUCUUACAUUCUGAGAUGACUGCAGUUAGCCCCCUUCUCUUCCCCUUAGUAAUUUCAGCUCUUUACACUAAGUGGCGAAGUAGCUCUGUGAGGGCAAAUCUAAUAGAGCAGUUUGUGCCGUGACCCAUCAUCUGGAGACUGAAAGUGAUCAAUAGUUGCUUGUUAAGGGUCUCUUACUAGAGGCCACUGCAAGAAUCCAUUGGUGGCAUUUCCCUUUUUAGCUUGCAGGAGGCAAACAUGGGUACUGGAUGAUCCAAGAUCAGCAUUCCUUGUCCAUUAUUCACAUAGAAAUUAGGGAGAAAGAUCAGGAGGAGUAUACUUUAUGCAAAGUGUUAGUUUACUCAGAGGAUAAGGGGGGUGCUGAUUUUUAAGCUGUAUUUAGAGUGACUGGUUUAAGCCUUAAACUUUAAGGGUGCAGAUUGACUCAAAAUUCUAAUUUCUCAAGUUUUUCAAGAGUACGAGGAAGACUAUGGUAAAUAUCUUUGUGCAGACUUUAGUAGACCUGUGACAAAUUCAUAUAAAUGUGGAAAUGAGUAUUAAAUUGUAAUGCCAACAGGGUUGCAGCCCCCAACUAUUUUCCUGAUUUUUGAUUUCUGACAACUUCCAGCAGGAUCAUAGGUACUAAAGGAUGACUUGAACAAAUUAUAAAUGAUUAAUAAAUACUUCCCAAGCAACAUAAAAGAAAUACCAGAAUUGAAGGUGAAUGGAAACUUGUUUUGUACAGUGGUACCUCGCAAGACGAAUGCCUUGCAAGACGGAAAACUCGCAAAACGAAAGGGUUUUUUGAGCUGCUUCGCAAGACGAUUUUCCCUAUGGGCUUGCUUCGCAAGACGGAAACGUCUUGCAAGUUUGUUUCCUUGUUCUUAACACCGUUAAUACAGUUGCGACUUGACUUCGAGGAGCAACUCAUAGCACGCGGUGUGGUAGCCUUUUUUGAGGUUUUUGAAGACUUUGGUGAUUUUUGAAGCUUUUCCAAAACUUUUCCGACACCGUGCUUCGCAAGACGACAAAACUCGCGGAACGAAUUAAUUUCGUCUUGCGAGGCACCACUGUACAAGUCUUCAGAGAGAAGGUUUGGUCAGCUCUGAAGGGUUUCAGCUGCAAAAUUAAACCAUAGUACAUAGACUUCUUUAAACUGGGGAUCUAAGCAUGCUUGCUUAAAAAUAGGUUAUAUUGAAAAAGAAUAACUUGGAUGUAUUUCCAAGUAAAACAUAUUUAGAUGAGAGGUGUAGUCGACACACUGCUUACUUCAGAACAAUAAAAUAGGAUAACAUAUACUAAAGGACUAAAAAUUCUAUCAGGCAAAACUUGAGUCAAUGCCAUUUGGCAUAUGGGACCCAUUCAUAUCUGAUGUGGCUCCCAUGUGAUCAUCUUGUGAUAGGUUUGCAUAGGAGAGCCAUUGGUGUAUCUUCACAUAGGUGUUGAUGCAGACAUCGUUAUUGGUAAAUUUUAAAGUACUGUAUAAAUGGUGUUGCAUGAAUUGGUGCAGUUAUGCAUACGCCACCAAAUUAACUGAGCAAAUCAAGUAUAGACUGUCUCAUGAAAGCUAGUCCUAAGUGUCACUGGGGCAAACAAGUAAGUGAUUGGUACUGGGACAUUAAGGUUGCAAUACUAUACCUAUUCUGUGACAGAAAGGCCAGUUGAAUUCAAGUCUUCUGCAUUGACAGUUACUUGUGUAGUACAGAAGUUCUUACACUGUAAGUGUCUUGCGACUUAAUUAUUUUGGUACAUUUUAUUUUACUAGAAUCUUCAUUUGAAAUGUAAUACAUGGCCCCACAAAACACGUUUUUGGUAGUUUUAAGAUACUUCAUUACUGUGUAGUGGGAAAUUCCCAACAGGAGUAGUAGUAUAAAGAGCUGGCUACAUAAAAUUAAUAGUUGGAUAAGGCACUGAAUGAAGUGAAUAGAAAUGCUUAAGAUGAAUAACUUUGUGUAUAUAAAAGUAGCUCUUGGAAAAAAUCUGCUUUUUUCACCACUCAAUUUUAGGCCCAUUUCUAGUAUAACAUUUGGAGUUUAGCGAUAGGGAAUUAAAAGUAAAUGCAGUGGCAUUUCUUUGUAGACAUUUUAUGUGGAACUGACAUUUGCUGCAUGCGUUUAGAUGUCUAUUGGAAUCUAUUAAGUUACAGUUCCUGAAAGUUGCAUGGAUGACAGUCAUCCCUUGAAGACUAAACAGCUUUACUGAAACAUGUUUGCCACACACCUUUUAAUAUGUAAACCACUUUGAGAACUACUUGUUGGAAAGUGGCAUAUAAACAAGGGAGAGAGAGAAAAACUGAUUUAUGGAGGUGUUCAGGGUUAUGUUGGAAGUGUAUCCUGAGACAUCUUGGUUGAUAACUUCCAUGUCACAAGAUAACUACAUCUAUUUGCCUGGAGGUAACACUUUUUAAAAGGGCCACCUUCGGCUGAUUUUGCCUUGUGUAUCAUUAGGUAAUCAAAUUUAAACUUGGGAGUGAAUAAUUAUUGCCAAUAUUUCUAAAAUGAUUGGCUAGGACUACAGUGAUACCAGAGAUCAUACAAGUUUUCUUGUUCUAUUGAGAGUACAAAUGUAAUGGAGUCGUGCAAAUGUUUUGUGUGUUUUUUCUGUCAAUGAAUUAACUAGGAUUUGCCAGUGAAAACCAUUAUUUAAUUCUUAUCUUACUCUUACUCCAAGGACUUCAUGCAUAGGUCAGUGGUAUGGCACAUGCUUUGCACCCAGAAAGUUCCAAGUUCUGUCUCUGGCAUCUUUGAUUAAAAAGAGUCAGGUAGCAGGUGAUGUCUGCCCUGAGACCCUGGAGAAAUGGCAGCAAGUCAAAAUGGACAGAAUAAUCUGAUGUGUAAGAUAGAUACUUAUAUUCUGUUUUAUCCUCUAACACUGUGAGGUAGGUUAGGCUGAGGGACACUGACUAGCCCAAGGUCUCUCAGUUAGCAUCAUGGUUUAGCAGGUAUUUGAAGACUGCUGGGGAUUGAAAGCAGGGCUAAAGCCAAUUUUCUUUCCACUAUGCCAUAUUGACUGGCUGAAACUUACUGUCACCAUAUUGUUUCGUAGUUGCUGUAGGUAUGAAAAGUUGUGUGUUAAUAAGUAGCAGAAAUUACACCUCUGGCCACAUGAAGCAUGUUACGUUUCUUCAAAAUUUUAACUUGGCUAUAUGCUCAUUCCUAAAAACACAAAUCUGCUUGGUCAUCACUUAUAACAUAAGGCUGAAACUACAUUCUAAUUUUAAAACAGUACAAUUGUUCCACUGAUUACAUUGCAAAAAGUAGAUUAUUAUUUUUUAAUCAACAAAUUCCUCUCUCAGGCUUCAUGAACAUGAAUGCUUAACUUGUAGGAAGUUGCUCAACAUUUAAAUUCUCACACUUUGUUACAGCUUUAUCCCUGCAUCAAGAUCAUAUGUAAACUGAAUGUAUUGGGUAGUUUGCAAAAAGAUUAAACCUUUUGUGAUUUAUUUAUUUCAACAUUUAAUCACAAUCAUGUAUGUACAGUUAAGAUAGUUGGGCAGUCUAAUUUUAGUUGGGCAACUAAUUUUACUUUAAAAAAACACCAGAGCUGUAGUCACAAAAUGGCAAUUUAGGGAAGGUUGAACCUGGUAGAGUUGGUGAGGGAGGUUGCUAAACAUGGUAUUGGAUGUAUUUAAGUAUCUUGUAACCAAGAAGAACUGUUCACACCUAACAGGCUGCAUCAGUACAACAUAAUACUUCGUAGAAUGAAACUGUCACAAGCACAAAGUGGAAACUAAAAGUGAGCCUACCUGUGGACAUGACAAGUUGCAUGUACAGCAUGUGGAAUAUUGACAUGAUAGAAAACACUUUGAGAUUAGCAGGGAGUGCCUGGCGCUGCCUAAGAAUUCAAAGAAACAAAAAAAUAAAAUCAUGAUUUUUAAAUGGAUGGUGUAACGGCAUGAUUUAGGGGUGUGUGCAUCCACCCACCCAACUCAGGGAACACCUGACUUAACCCUGAAUCCAUGUGUGGGGUGGUGAAGACACGCCAAAGUGACAUUUUGGUCUGCCAUCUUGAUUCAAAAUGGUGGCUGCUGACUAAACAUUGGCAAAGACUGCUGGCUCCGCCUUGGGAACCCUCACGCCAAAUUUGGUGAUGACUGAGGACAGAUACAAGCUAUUUCCCAAAAUAUAUAAUAGAUGGCGGGCAGUAAAGCUUAAACAAGGACAGUUGGUCAAUCCAGGGCACCGAUUGACACACAAAACAGAUAAUUCAAGAAAAUGAGCUACGCUGUAAACUGCUAGUCAAAUCUUUCACAUGGCAGCAUUACUAGUUCCAUUUUACAGCUAUAACACAAGGAUUAAAAAAGGAGUUAAACCCAGUGACUCUUGCGUCUCUUCAAAAAUAGGCAUGAAAAACAAAGCAUCCAAUUGAAAUGACCAACAAGGGGACUCAAUCUCAAACAUGCUGAAGAGUGAUACUUUUUAUUAGUGCCUAACAUGUUUCCCACUCAAAAAGACUUUCCAUGGAGGCUCUUCUAUUAAAAGAUAGGACAACAAUUAAUAAACCAUGCUUAAAAUAUUUUAAAAAUGUGAAGCCAAACAUUAGAUAUUUGGGGGCACAGUGCUAGCAGCACGUUGAUGGCACAUAGCUCUAUUUCUUCAUAACAUUUAAAUCGAGAGGCUGCAAGCUCUGGACCAGUGCCUUAAUGCAGUGGUGGGCUGGAUGACAGCCAACAAACAGUUGUGGGAAGACAGAGGCUUUGGGUGGUUCCAUUGUCCAGACGAUAGGAGAGUUACCUGUUCUGGGUUGGGUUGCAAUCCCUCUAAAGGAACUGAUGCAUGGCUUGGGGGUACUUGUAGGUAUGUGUUUCUCAUUCAUGGGCCCAAGUGACCCUUACUUUGGUGCGCCAGCCAUGACUGUAACUAGAUUGGGAUAACUUGGUUAUAGUAACCCCAGGUCUGGAUUACUACAGUGUGCUUUGUGUUAGGACCUUGUCUGGAAGCUCCAGCUGGUUCAGAAUUCAGUGGCUAGACCAGUGUUUCCCAAACAGGUCCCCGGCUGUUUUUGCACUACAGCUCCUAUCAUUCCUAGCUAGCACCCGUUGUCAUGGGAACCGUAGUCCAAAAACAGGUGGAGACCCAAGUUUGGGAAAUGCUGGGCCAACUAGACAGUUGAUGGGGGCAGGUGGCCAGCAGCAGGUGACGCCUGAAAAUGUUUGCACUGAUUGCCCAUAUACUACUUGGCUAUGUUCAAGGUUUUUGUGUUGAUGUACAAAACAACUUAAGCCCAAGUUACCCUAAGGACCACCUGACUUCUUAUAUCCCAUCUUGAUCCCUGAGAUCACAUAGAGGAGUGCUGUUUGUUGUCUCCCAUUUUAGAGUUCCAGUCAGCCUCAACUAGAAGUUGGGCAUUUAGUGUUGUGGGUCCCACGCUGUGGAACAUUUCCAGCAGAGGUUCAGCAGACACCUUCACUUUUGACUUCUGAACAGGUUUUUUGUGUGCUGCCAGGCCUUGGAAGACUUUGACCAGCCAGUUCACUUAAAUGAUUAUGCUUUUAUUCAUUUAUUUUUAGUUUUAAAUUUUGUUUUAAAGUGUACAUCUUGCUAUAUUUUAUAAUAUAGUGGCAUAGAAAUAUGAAAUAUUUAUAAUUUUCUCAAAAGCAGCACUAUUCAGCAUCUUUGAGAUUGAUUCUCCUAUCUUGCCAUGUCCUCUUCAAAGUGAUCAUGCUAAUGAAUAAAUACCAGUAAAAAGACACCAGUCCCAUCAUAUAUACCCAGUGUAAGCCCUGUUAAACAUAGUAAUACUGACUUCUGAACAUGCAUACGAGUGGAAUUCAUGAAUAUAAAAUUGCAGGCUGCUUUCUGCUAAGGUACAGGUAGAUUAUUUGAAGUAUAAACCCAAAGGUAUGCUGUUCAUCAGCUUUGGCCGAUAGCCCAGUGUGCCCCUAUUUGGGCAGGGAUAGCCUAACUUCUGUCGCCUAUGCUCUGGCAACGUCUAGGUUAGUUUACUGCAAUGCAUUAUAUGUGAGGCUACCAAAUGGUUUCUAGGCCCAAAUCAAAGUGCUCAUUUUGACCUAAAAAGCAUUAAAUGGCUUAGGAGUCUACCUAGAAGAGUAUAGCAAUAAUUGACACUUGUUUUAAUGUUUUGGAAGGUUAAGGCACUUAGGUAUUACCACAUUUUCUGGUACUACCAAUAUUUGGGAGCUCAAGCUAUAUGAUGUCACUGUUGUGAUGGUUUUCUUGUCUAUGUAAAUUCCUAGUUGGGUCAUAAUUGUGCAGUGUCCCAUGUUUAUGUCCUGUUUUUGUGUCCUUUUCUGAUGGGAAAAGGUAGAUACUGAGUACUUGGAAAAACAACCUGAUAGCUUCUUACCCCUUCUGUGUUUUAGUAGCAAAUAUUAAAUAAGAAUGCCCUGGUACAGAUGGUUGGCACACACUGCUUUCAGGCUUUCAGUGGGGGCGGGGAAGAGAUUGAAUUCAGCUUUCGGUGUGUAUAUUUUGGAGGGCAUGUGCGUAUUGUUGGAACAAGUAUGAGUUCUGAGCAAUGCUAAUGUUUCUUGCAGCAUUCUAGAUAGCUAGGUGACUGGUAGCUUUCUAACUGUGCCAACAUUGUAAUAUGUUAUUCCUUUUUUAACUCUUGAAAUGAGUGAAUAUGGAACUAAAUUUGUAUUCAAGAAUAGAUUAGUGACAUUAAAAAUUAUAUUUUCUAGAGCGAUAGUACAAAGGAACUGUGAAGGACCAAUCUUGUUUGUGACUUCAUUGCCCUGCUUAAUUUGGUGUACAGCUGCAUUUAGCAGGAAGAGAAAAAAAUAACUUGGUGCUAAGAUAGAACUUCAACAGAAUGUUAUAAUUGCUCUUACUUUAAUGUAGCUGUAGUGUCCUCUAAAGAGAAUGGACUUUAAAAUGGGGAUGUGAAAGGAAUGAUCUUUUUAGUUGUGCACGUCCAUGUUUUGGGUAUCUUAAGUUGGUGAAAGUUUGAUAAUAGUGCAAAAGUAUGUAUGUAGUUAAUCUAUUUUUGACCCAAUAGGUCAAAAAUUUCUUCUAUCUUGGAGUUGCGUAUGAAUCUCUGUAUCUGUCAUUAUAGAAGUUUUUCUUAACUAUAGACAACAGUGGAUUUAAGUGCUUUGGGGAGGGCAUGGGCUAUGUGUUUGUGAGUAGGGGGAAAUCCCCUUGAGCUACCACAGAAAGGUUAUUAAAUGCUUCCCAUAAUCACAACAUAUUUCAGCUGAUAAUUUCUUUCUACACAGCUGAUGGUACAAACCAAGCAAUUUAUCAGCAAUGUGAAUGUUACUUGAGUUUUGUCAAGUAAUGCACCUCCCAUUUGCUUUAGUGAACAUGACACAAUUUCUGAUGGAACUGGGUGUAUUUUUAAGUUUAGGUUACCUUUGGGAUUAGGACUGAAAUAUUGUAUGUUUUCUGAAUAAUAAACAUUCUUAACAUGGAUCUAAUCUGUUUCAGGUUACAUAUUUUCAGAGAUCUCCAGUCUCUCUGGAAGAGAAAGCCAGGUUUCCAGCACAAACAAGGCACUGGAGCAACUUUUUAAGCUUAACCUACUGCUGCAUAUUCUUGAAUGGGUAAGUGUUUCAGAAGAUAAUACCUAAUCCUCUAUAGAAGUGGUAUUCAGGAUGGUGAUUUCAGGCAGACUAAAAAGUGUUUCAAAAGGAUCACUCCAGUGUAGGUGAAUGGGCUACAAAUUGGCAGAUGAAUUUAAUGUAAAUGCUUGUUGGGAGACAAAAAUAUAUACCAAUCUGGUCCAAGCUGGCUGUAAACUCAGAAAAAAUGUUUUUUGAUAAAGGAAUGUGCAUGGAAGAAAGCUCAUCAAAAUCAAGUUGUGUGCUGUAGUAAGAAAAAAGGCACACUGUUGAAUAUUUCAUAGAAAAAUAACAGUGACUAGUAUCUUAAUACCGUUUAAAAAAUCUAUUACACAUUAAUGUUUAGCAUAUGUUGAACAUUUCUGUUGCUGACUCCUUAAAAUAUUAAAAAUAUAAAAACUCCAAAUGACAGAAUCGUAAAGGGUAGCCAAAAUCUUGUUUUUUCUUUAGAAAAACUGAUUAAGAGUAAAAUGAGGCUUAUAAAAUUAUGAACAUUGUGAUUGGGAGUAUGAAUAAGACUCUUCUGUAAUAUUAUGACUUGAAGUUGCUUUACAGUAGAAACAGGAUUGACUGAAGGUGAAUUGCUGAACGUUGUUAGAUGAAAGUAAGAUCAAUUUAUCUCUGAGACUUAUUUUCUAGUACAGCCUGAUUAGAUUCACAGUGCACUGGAAGUUUACUUCACACAUUUGUUCAUAUUGUUGAUGGAUUUCUUACUAGCAAACUGUUUGAACAGACGUUUUCUAAUAACAAAAUGAUUCCUGCCUUUUAAUUUCCCUUCUAUUAAACACUGAAAUGAUACUAAUUAACAGAAAACUGCAGAAAUUAACAGAAAACCUGUACUAAAAAUGAUUGAACAUUAAGAGACUUCUUUAGUUGCCCAUUCUGGGUAGAUUUCAACAUCACACUCUUCCAGUCGCUCUGUCUGCUCAUGCAGUUUAGCUCACCAGAUGAAAUGAUAUUCCCCUUUCUACCACUGCAUACUGUUCUGGGGGUUCUUCCAAACCCAUCUGAGCCAAUGUCGUGGGAGGGGGAGUGAAGAAGUCCCAUUGUGGAAGCAAAAGUCCUUGUGCAGGGCUUCUGCUGAUGAGGCUGGUUAAGUGAAUCCUGCCAAUUCCUUUUACUGUUUUUAUUUCUCUGCUAAUUUAAUUGGGAAUAAAGCAAGGUAUUCCAGUGAUACCUUUUCUCACUUUUUUGUUCAACAUUUUAUUGAUCAUGAAUAGAAUGACUAAUACAACAGCAGAUUCUUUAAAAAAUAAAUAAAAAUCUUAACCCCAAAGUGAAUAUAAUGGAUUUAUGAGGGAAGCAAAAGUGUAAAAAUAAAGCAAAGUACACUGCAAAUGAAAAGGAACUGGGGAAGGAAAACCUUGCUUAUGGGUGAAAAUGAAACAAAAUAUUAAUAUUUGUUUAAAGAAUUGUUAAAGAAAUCAUUAACAAAUCUCAUUGAAUGUCUCAGAAUUAUCUUUUUUUUAUGUGGUACAUAAAUAUGUUUAAUGGACACUGCUAGAAAAUCUCCAGUCCAGUUCUCAGCAUCUUUGCUAAUCCAGGAGGAUAAGUACAUUUGACUAAAUUUCAAUGUCAAACACUUUCUAUUGAGGAAGCCUCAUGAUCAAGCAAAUUAAAGUUGUAUAGAAGAUAUUACUGUUAUAUACCAUACAUUAUUUUUUGUAUGUUAUAAAACUUUUGAAUAAAGUUUUUUUUAAAAAAAUCCCUGAAUGACAUUUGGUACCCAAGUAUUUUUGUAGGUAGAAAUGGAUAGCCCCUUCAGCUAUCUGUUGUUAAGAUAAAUCAAAUUUUAUCCUCAAAAGCUUAUAUCAUAAUAAGUCUGUUAGUCUUCAAUAGGUAGUAGUGGUAUAACCACGGAACCAGAUUCUGAAUUCGAAAAUGCUAAUGUUACUAUAUUGGAAAGAGGUAUGAGUUCUGUUGGCUGUUUAGUAAAUAGUGAAAGAUGUGACAUUAACUCAAAGAUUAGGCAUGUAACAUCUAUCUAGUGGCCUGCAGCGACACAUGGGUCUUUGCUGUUUGCAACAGAUUUAUAUAGCUACCCCUCUGGUUUUGUGUACGUUCACCUUGAGUCAUGACCUCAUUUUUCAAAUAUCGAAAUCUGUCUUGAUAAAUUUACAGGCCCACAUACAUAAUAUGAGCUUAAAGUUGAAUUGCCAAUUACCAUGUUUUUUUUUUUUAAAUAAUAUUUAUUAAAGUUUCAAAAAAAAAAAAUACAGAAUACAGAAAGAAAAAGAAUAAAGUUUUUUUUUUAAAUAUAACCAAAGAAGUAAAAAAUAAAAGAAAACAUACCAAAUAAAACAAUUAAAAAGACAUUAAAUUUCCAUAACCUAUCUUCCUUAUACUUAUUUCCCCGGACCUCCUCAUACCUCCCUUUUUUGUAUUCCAGUUCAAUUUGUUGAUUCAGCAAAUCCUUAUCAUUAAAAUUACCCAGUUGUAAACCUUUUUUCAUAUCUCUUAAAGCAUUACAGCUAAGAAAAACCCUUAGUUUCUAUCCAACAUCCUUCUAAGAUUCCUUAAUUUUACAAUAUUUCUGUAAAUAGUCUUUAAAUUUCUUCCAGUCUUCUUUCACCGUCUCUUCUCUCUGGUCUCGGAUUCUGCCAGUCAUUUCCGCCAGCCAAUUACCACAUGUUCAGCAGAGGAAUCUUGCCCCAUUUUCUUUUUUCUGACCUGCUUUAGAGGUUUAACAUGAAAAAAGUCAUAGCAAACCUUGGGUUGGUACCCUCCCCCACAAAAAGGCAUGUUACCUGGAUAUUGAAAGCUUCCACUUUAGAUUUUGAAGAACCAAUUUUCUUUUCCGUUGAAAUUUGGUAAACAGUGGUUCAUUCUAAAAGUGGCUAGUUCAAAACUAAUUACAAUUAGAAUUGUUUCUCAAGUUUUGAUGUAAUGGGAAACUGCUUUAUGCAAAAUGAAAAGUGCAAGCCUUUGGUUUCCUGCCAUUGUGUGAAUAGAGGGAAUGGAAAUCAUCCUGGUUUGAGGCUUGCUAGAACUAGUGGUAAAUCAUGAUUUCAUAUUAUAUCUGAACUAGGCCAUUAGAUUGCUUUCCAUAAGUCCUUUGAUGUGUGAUUUCUCAUAUGUUGGUCUCUGAAUAGCUGCCAUUUGUAUAAAGAAGAAUUUAAAACACUUGUCAACACUGUUGAAAGGAUUUUGACAUCUACAUGUAUUCAUGAGAUGAGUGCAUGACUAGAACAAAAAAAGGGAUCUCUUGCUUCAGUGGAACAGAGAUACUGGCCUCAUACAUGGAAUCUGGAAAUUUCUAGAUCUAACUGAUAAAAGGAGGGAGGGAGAGAAUAUACACAUGCCAGCCAGGAAAGGAAAACAAUUGGAAGUAUGCUGCCUUUGGAAAUACUUUCUGAAUUAAACAACCAGAACAUUGCAUUAUAGUAAAACUGCUUUUUUUCUUUUAUAACAGUUUUUCUGGAAGGUCCACAAGCUGUGUGAAAACUGGCGCUGUCUGAACACCCAUCUGAGUUAUUGGGGGCUACCACAAUGGCAACUGGCCUAGCCAAUGUAGGAAACUCCUUCGGCUGUCCAUCUAACUCUCUGGUUUCUAGAUCUAAGUUCCAGAGUCCUUCCGUAGAAGACGAUGAUGAUGUUGUAUUUGUUGAACCUGUGCAACCUCCACAGAUUUCUGCAGGGUUGAUAACGGAUCCUAGAAAUUCAGCUUUUAGUUCACCUAGUAAUGAAGAGCAUCACGGAAAUGACCCCAAAGCAGUGGUUCCAACAAAAGACCUGAGUUCUCAAAAGGGAAGUAUAACUGAAACUAUUAUUAUUGAUGAUGAAGAAGAUACUGAAGCAAAUCAGGGGCAAGAGAGAAAUGAUUCCAGUUUCAGUGAAAGAAGAUUUCCAGAGCCUAAAAACAGAGCCACUGAGAUGGAAUUUUCACCACCCAGUUUUUCAAGAAGUAAGGUAAAUGCAGGAAUAGGUAAUAGUGGUAUAACCACAGAACCAGACUCUGAAAUUCAAAUUGCUAAUGUUACCACAUUAGAAAGAGGUAUGAGCUCUGUGAGUGUUGGCCGUUUAGAAAAUACUGAAGGGCGUGACAUGAACUUAAUGAUUACACAUGUAACAUCACUACAGAAUACCAACUUGGGAGAUGUAUCUAACGGACUGCAGUCAAGUAAUUUUGGUGUUAAUAUACAAACAUACACCCCAUCUUUAACUUCACAGACCAAGACUGGUGUAGGACCUUUCAAUCCUGGUAGAAUGAACGUAGCUGGAGAUGUCUUUCAGAAUGGAGAAUCUGCGACUCAUCAUAACCCUGGUAGGUUGUACCUUUUUAUGCAAAUAUAUAACUAAUAAUACCAGUUACAUUGUGGAUUAUUUUUUCCAUUUUUGAGACCAUGGUACAGGUUUACAAAUCAGGCUGCAUUUAUUUAAUCAAGGUUAUUUAAAUGGAGUUUUCCACUGUAAUUAGUAUGUUUGCUGAACAAGUGUGCAUAAUAGCUGGUUACUAUAACAAUUAAAGCAUAUUCUCCUUGGACCAUGUAGCCCACAGAACCUUCUGUGCUACAGAAUUAUAUCUUAAUUUGAGACCAAGGUGAGUAGCUGUUGAAGAGUUAGGCCCAUUGUUUGGUGUGGCUUGCUUAUGAGUGAACAUAGUGUACUUUCCAGAAGGGAUUGUUAGUUACUGGAUAGAAUAAUUAUUCUCUAUGAUAAAAAAGGAAAAUAUUGUUUCAGUUACUGGAGAAAAAUAUAUUUCAUUUGUUAAGAAAUUUAUUUAUUUAUUUAUUUAAAUUUGUAUACCACCCUUCCUCCAAAGAUCACAGGGUGGUUCAGAAUAUAAAAAUACACAAUGAGAACACAAAGUACAUAAUAAAAACAAGAACAAAAACAGACCAACAACCUCACUCCUUUUCAGAGCUGUAAAACAAUAAUGUGAUUACUGAAGAAUGAGCAGUCAAAGCAUAAAAUUGGCAUCUGUUCAAAAUAUGAGAUACUUUCAGAUAAAACUAAUAUGGUACAGACAUAAUAAGGUUUAAAUGUGCCUCUCAAAUCCUAUAGCGAUGUAGUUUCAUGGUAUCUCUCAGAAAUUUUGCUACAUUAUCCAUAAUGGCAGGCCUACAGCUGUUUAGUAGAAAGGAAACCCUGGAGAAGUCAGGUCAAUUUAACCUUCCUUUCAGCAUGGGGUUUAUAUAUUUAUUGCAGAUUUUCUGUGUAAAAUGGGCAGUAAAAUAAAACAUGUGCAAUGGUUUUGACCUGUUUAUACCACAAGGACCAUAGCUUUCUGAAUACGGAAUUUUCUAGAAUCUUCCUUACAGUAGCAGAUGGCAUGAUGUUAAAUCUUGCAAGGAAAAAAAGCGCUACAGACUUCCGGGUUGGCGCCUCCGGCAAUGGCGGAGCUCCUCUGUUCGGGAGGAACUUGCUCCGUGAAAAACAGGGUCUGACCACCACGGCGAAGGUGGAGACCCAUUGAAAUCACAAGCGGGAGAAGCUUGUGAACCUGGGAUUCGGCUGGCACCUUUUGCGCCUCCCCUACUCGCGGGGAAACCCUGUUUUGGGGAUCUGGAGCGAUGUGGGGUGAGUGACGCGGUGCUUUGAAUCGACUGCUUCUUUCACGGAGUGAAGCCACAUUGCUGUUGCUGGAGAGUGCUGACUUUUUCCUGUGGACAAUUGGAUUUUAAACAACUACUCGUGAGUAAAACGGAAAAUUGGAUUCUUAAAUACUUUAAUUUGGCACUGAAACGGGAAGGUUAUAAACAGGAAGUCCGCCUCCCGUUUUUGUAAAUAGACUGAAGCAAAGACGUUACAAGUUAAAGCCUUUGAAAGCUUUUGGCAAAGGAUUAAAUUUCCACCGGUUUAAAAUACAAAACCCCCCUUGGAAGCAGGAGAAGAGGGGGAAAUUUUGGAUCUAGUGCGCCUGCAGGAGAGAGUGGAAAAAAUCAAAUUACCAUUGCUCUGAACCUGGGAAUGGGCUGCCAGAUGACGUUUGGAGAGAGUGCUUUUGACAGAAUGGAUUUGACAGCUAGCUAAAUGAGAGUAAGAUACUGUUUCCAUUGUCCUUUUCUGCGUUUAAAAAAGAGGAAAAGUAACUGAAAAUUUAUCUUUAAUGCUUGAGUUGUGCCUGAAAGAACUGAUACAAGUGGAGACUGUUUCCCUCUAGAGGGAGCUUUUGAAACUGUUACAGGAGUAUAACUGGGGGAUUUCCAACUGCAGAUAAGGAUUCUGAGAACCAGAGAGCGACCUUGGACUAUUGAAAAAUGUUGACAGGAGAGGCCAUUGUGACUGUUUUAUGUAAGAUAAGCUGUUCGCUGGGACAGCUUCACAAGAAGAUGGAUGACAUGACUUUCAAAGUUGAUAACUUGGAACAGAAAGUGACUAACUUGAGUCAAAAAGCGAACACCAACACAGAAAUAAUUCAGGACUUGGUACAGGAACCCAUUUUGGCAGGACAAAUGGUGGAGGAGAAGGAGAAUGCUGCUGUUGUUGAACAUAAAAUACAAGUGAGAUCUGUGGUUUUACAGAAGCAAAUUGAGGAUUAUAAGUUGAGGCCUUCUAUGAUUGAAUCUAGGAAAAGUCAGACUCCGAGGAAUGGAUCCCGGCUUGGAUUAAAGAAGGAAAGUUGGAAAGAGCCCUCUAUGCAGGGAUUAACUGACUUUUGGGACAUGGACUCGGGCCUGGAGGAGAUUGAAGUUUUGGGGGCCUUUGGAAUUGGAGGAAUUUUGAAAUAUGCCCGGAAAUACUUUAUGGACUGUAGCUUUAACUAUGGAAAUUUAGCUGAUUUGUUCAGAAGGAAGAAAAGGAUUGACAGGUUGGAGUUUCCCCGAGAUUUGCUCUUUAGCAUUAAAGAAAAUGAAGAAGACCUGCAGAAGGGACUUGGAAAAGAGUUAAGAGCCUUGGACAUAAGAUCACCAGGUUGAUGGACUUUAUGGAAUUGACGGAAAGGACUGGCAGAAUCCGAAACCUGGGAGAGGAGAUGGUGGAAGAAGAUUGGAAAAUUUAAAGUUUAUACAGUGGUGCCCCGCAAGACGAAAAACUCGCUAGACGAAAGGGUUUUGCAUUUUUUGAGUCGUUCCACAAGACGAAUUUCCCUAUGGGCUUGCUUCGCAAGAUGAAACGUCUUGCGAGUUCUUGCGAGUUUGUUUCCUUUUUCUUAAAGCCGCUAAGCCGUUAAUAGCCGCUAAUAGCCGUGCUUCGCAAGACGAAAAAACCGCAAGACGAAGAGACUCGUGGAACGGAUUAAUUUCGUCUUGCGAGGCACCACUGUAUAUAGACUUAUGGUAAAACUAAUGAGUGAUAGAAAAAUGGUGGAAUGAUUGGGGGGGGGGGGCUUAACAGAAAUGUUAUAAGGAGUUAAGCACAUAUAAGUAUUUUAGUUUUAAUGGAAAAUAAGGUUAAAACAUACGUUAUUUACAAUAUCACAGAAAAUGGAGAAAGAUGGAAAGGAUUUGCUGAAACAAUUACCGUAUUUUUUGCACCAUAACACUCACUUUUUUCCUCCUAGAAAGUAAGGGGAAAUGUCUGUGCGUGUUAUGGAGCGAAUGCCUACGGGUGGCGGGGGGAUCUGCUGCAGUUGUGAGCAGAGGAUCCAUGGUUCCCCUUCCUUCCCUCCUCCGUGGCUCGCUUUGAAACAGCAAAGCGGGAGAAGAGCCGCUGAGUGGGGAGGAGAGAGGGACAGAGAGCCUGCUUGCUUUAAAGGAGCAAAGCGGGAGAGGAGAGGAGCCGCUUACACGAGUGUAAAAAUUUUUGCACUGGGUCACCCCAAAUUCACCAUCAGAUCACAUAGCAUGUCCAUGGCUACAUCUUGCACCAAAAAAAUCACACACCCACUGUUGCCUGGGAUCGCAGUGGUGCAAAAACGUGGUUACAAAGCAUGGAUCCACAUGGAUCCUCAGGAUUUUUGCAUUGGGCUACUCCAAACUCACUGUCAGAUCACAUGUCUGUGGCCACAGCAUGAACCACAAAAAUCAUACAUCCACUGUUUUGUUUAGAAUAUUUUUUUUCUUGUUUUCCUCUUCUAAAAACUACGUGCGUGUUAUGGUCUGGUGCGUGUUAUAGAGCGAAAAAUACGGUAAUAGAAGUGGAAUACAAAAAGGGAGGUGAGAGGAGGUCGAGGAAACAAGGGAAUGAAAGAUAGAGUAUGGAAAAGAGAUGAUGCAUGUUUUUAAAUUGUUUUUGUUUUGUUCCAUUCAGGGUUAAGGUUAGGGAGUGGGGUUUGUUUAGUUUAGUUUAGUUUAAUGUGUGUAGUUUUGAGUUUAGGUUGUGUUUUGUAUUGUUUAUAUAUUGUAUUGUAUUGUUCUUUUCUUUUUGUUUUCCUCCUUUGUUUUUUCGUCUGUUUUUUCUUUUUUCUUUUUUUUUCUUUUUUGUAAUCUAUAAAAGUAAUAAAUAUUACUUUUUUAAAAAAAGGAAAAAAGCUCUACAUUGGUGGGGAUUCUGGUUCUUGGUCUCUGGGUCACUCAACACUGAGUGGCCCUCAAUCUAACCUAGAAUGGGAAUAUGAAUGGAGAAUAUGAAUGGGAAUAUGAAUGGAGCUAAGCUUUGGGCAGUGGGCACCAACCCCACAUAAACAGAGAACAAGGUCAUAUGGAAAAUGAUUGAAUAAGUAAGAGGCUAAGAUGCAACCCUGUUUCCUCUCCUUUGUUGGUAAUAAUUUUUUACGAUUUGCCUGCUCGUUGGGAGCAUUUCACUGGCAGCUCAUGGAGGUGUAUAAUUUCCUAAUAAGAAAAAGUAACCUUAAGCUAAUGUUCAUUCUGGUUAAUUUAUUCCAGAGUAUAAAUUGGGAUUGAAUCAAAGGCUCCUUUUAGGUUCAGGAAGAUCGUAUAGAGCUUUGACUUGGAUGCCUUAGAAUAUUUAUCAACGGGACUCAGCUAUACAGUUGCAAAUAAAACAUUUUAUGUGCGCUUUAUACAAUGUGACACUAGAUGGUGAUUGUGAGCCUUAUGGAAAAUUCAAUGUAUUUUUUAAAAACACUUUAACAAAAAUCAUUUUCAGAGCGGUUUUUGUGUCUAGAUUCUAUCUGGGUGAGAUAGGAUGACACAGUGGUCCAGAGAAGUUUACCCUGGCAAAAGACCACCUGCUCUGGGCCUGGUAUUGCAAGUUGAGACAUCCAAAGUGUAAGUUUACCCAAUAGAUGUUUAGCAUAUAACUUACCCACUAUAGGGAAAAGACUUCUUGAUCUAUAGUUAGAUGGUAUUAUAUGGUCUCCCUUUAUAUACUGGAACUGUUAUUGCCCUUGUCCAUGCCUCUGGCAUGGAUCCAGUGUUAUUCACUGAUGUAAACAGGUUAGCCAGCAAAGGGGUUCACCAGUCAAGUCUAAUUUUAGUACUUUGGAGCCUAUCACAUCUGGACCAGAUGCCCUUCCCUUUCUUUAGCUGGACUAUUAGCAUUUUUACUUCAUCAGGUGAGAUUGGGAGCAUAGAAUGGUGACCUGCCACUCCAUCUAGUCGUUCCUUGUGCAAGACACUUGCAAAGUAAUGAUACCAACAACUAAGUGAAAUGGAUGGGGUGGGGAGGUCUUUGGUGUUGAGUUCCUCUGAGACCAAGAACCAGAAUUUCCUAGAGCUAUUUGAAGUUAUGAAGCAGAUUUUCCCAUUGCUUGUUAGUAUAUUCAGUUCUCUCUCUCUCUCUCUCUCUCUCUCUCUCUCUCUCUCUUUUUCAGUAAGAUACCGCAGUAGAUUUUUAGAACUAAAAUAUUCUGGAAGUAGGCAGCACCCUCUUCCUUCCAGUAUUGUCAAGAAAUAUUCUGGAUAUAAGAUUUUAGAGCUCUACGUUCCUUGUCAAACCACUUGUUAGUAAAAGACUCCCUGGAUUGUUUCCACACCUUAAAUUGUUGUUUUGAAAAAUCAGAUGUUCAUAAAUUUUCAUAUCCUUUGAUAGCUUCUUGGGGGUAUUCUGGGUUAAUUACAGAAACUGCACUCCAGUGUUGUCUUGGUUUUAAAUAAUGGAUGGAAUUUAUGCAGUCCAAGGAAUUCUUGGCAGAAUGUCUUAUGUUUUCAUCAGGAGUUGGGCAGGAAAGGUGUGAGCACAGGACAGUUAAGUUCUAUGGCCAAGGUCAAAAAUAAGUGGUCAUUUAACAGUGCAAUUGCCCACCACGACUCAAUCCCCCGAUACUGGGGAAACUAGGAAAUAGUCAAACACACAGUUAACCCCUUGUUUGAUAUAUAGGUGAACUCUCCGGAAUUAUCAAAACUCACUGAAUAAUUGAGCAAGACUUUACUGAAUUGAAUGCAAAAAUUGGUGAGGCAUAUGCCUGCAUUGUUCAAGAUGUUGUCCUUAGAACAGUAGACAGUUAAAGGCAGGUAGAGAAUUACCUUGGUCAAGUCCAAGCACUCUGAGAAGUGCAGAGUCAUCAUGGCUCACCCUCUCGUUAAAGUCACAUGCUAAGAUUAUUUCAGUAGAGGGAAUUUGUUGCAAACUGCUUCAGUGAAGAAAUGGGGAGGGCAUCUCUGUGCAGGGAGAUAUAUCUGUAUAGAUUUUGGCAAGUGUCCCUUGAUUCUAAUCAAACUUGAAGGCUUAGAUCAGGCAUAGGCAAACUUGUCCCUCCAUAUGUUUUGGGACUACAACUCCCAUCAUCCCUGACCAUUGGUCCUGUUAGCUAGGGAUGAUGGGAGUUAUAGUCCCAAAACAUCUGGAGGGCUGAGUUUGCCUAUGCCUGGCUUAGAUUGUAGAGCUACAGGCUUGAAGGAAUGUCAGGUUUCAAUCUAAACAUAGAGCAGUAAGAAUGGCUAAACUGGGUGGAAUCUACCUUUUAGGUUUAGUUUGAAGGCUGGCAGUGAAUAGGCUUUAAAGCCUUCAAUUACUAUUGGGGUUUGAGACCAGGUCUCCUAGGAACUCAGUCAUUUGCCUUAUUUCUCCAGCUCACAAUGUUUCAUGACAAGAACUUAAUAUCUAAGGGUGGAGGAGACUUAAAGAGUCAGUCAACCUUGAUAGGUUGCCAUAUGGAGUUAUUAUCGUCGUGGCAUAUACAGCCAUUUCCCAAGCCCUCAUGCUUACCUCCUGAUACUGAGGUCCUAGUCCCCUUGGGGCUCGGGGUGUUGUGAGGUGCACUUAUGCACAUCCACAUUAAUUCACUUAUCAGUAACAUGUUCAAAGGAGCAUCUUCUGUAACCAUUGCUUAGCAUCAAAGGAGUUUCUGGACUGAUGGGGAUCAAGAUGUUUUUAAGUAAACAGGUUUUGACCACUUCUAAUCUGUCUGUAAUCAGGUGCUGUUCAGAAGUUGUUUAUUUCUUAAAGGAUUCUUAAAUUGUUAUCCAUGGAGAACUCCCCUAAAGGCACUUUCAUCCAAGAUGUUCAGUUUUCGGACGGCAAAUUAUUAGCCGCCUUUUUAGAUUUUUGAGUGGAGAGGGGCGAAGUUCUCACACACUGGGGUGUCUUCAAGUUAGUAAGAUUGGGCAGUAGUGGAACUUUAGCUGCCGUUGAAGAUACCAGCUAGAAAUAUCCAGGGAUAUAGGAUAAUGUCUCAUGAGUGAAUAGUGUCACUGGUGGCUUUAUGAAUACUGGGUGCAGUAGAAACCCCACAGCAAUAAAUACAAUAUAGCAUCUUAUUUGCUUAGCUCAGGUUAAGAGUGUUAAGCUUAGCUACUUUAGUUAUCCAUGGAUAAAGACAGUUUUUGCAGCCCUGUAAAGUUGAUAAUUACUUUUAACAAGAUCUGCUAAUGGUUCAACCAGCAGACCUUUGCCCUUUUGCUCUGGCAUCACAACCAAAUUUUUUGGGGCUUGGUUUUGGGAGUUGUCUGGGUUCUGGUCACUGUUUCUUACAUGUGUGUCAAUUUAAAUGGGAUGGGAUAGGUCCAAACCACGUUUUCUUAAGAGGAGUGAAAAUAAUAAACCUUAAGCAGAAACCAGCUCAUUAUUGUAAGGAAAGUGUUGGAUGCAGUUUUGAGCAUAGAUACAAGUGACUUGGAACACAUGAGAAGGGUCAAAAGGGGUGGGGAGAAUAAAAUUUUGCUUCCAGAAGAAAAGAGUGAGGCUCCAUCUAUUUAUUUAUUUAACAAAUUGUGUAUCUCUAAGCGGUUUACAGAAAAUAAAACAAACAUUAAUAUUGUCACCAAAACAUUAAAUUUAAAAACCAAACAGUGGAAGACUACAAAAGAAUUGUAUAUACUAUGUGUCAAAAGGAAGAUAAAAACCUGUGCCCACAAGACCGCACAUGUAGAACAAAAACUUGCACAGUGGCAUAGAGGUAUAUUUCUUCUGCUAACUUUUGAGCACGGGAAAAGGGUUGCCUGCUAAAAACUCUGACCUCCAAAUCUGCUCAGCCGCUUUUUUAGUUCUUGAGAUUUCAACAAUCAAGCUUUGUUUAUCUCUAAAUAAGAAAGAUCUGAAACUAAUGAAAACUGAAGUUGCUUAAUUUUUGCACCUGAUACAUAGUUUCAGACAUAAAAGACAAAUGCACCUCUGGUCAAAAGAGGUUGCCUGAAUAUGUUACCGACACUACUGUAAGUGACUGGUGUUUCAGAACUUUAUGAAGCUUGGCCAUAAAGAUUCAUGUAUAAACUGCUUUACAAUCAUGUGAGGCAAGUCUCUAUCACUCCUAUAUUGUAGACAAUUAAAUCGGAGUUUGCCUUGUUACCCAAUUGCAUCAAUUAUCACUACCAGGUUUCUAUACAUUAAUUUUCUGUAGCAAUUGACCAGAAACCUGCUUGUGGAUUUUAGCAUGUCACAAUUCCAUGUACAAAUUUCUUGCAGUAUGUAUGUGCACUGGGGUACUAAUAGCACAUUCUUCAGUCCAUGGAUGAGCAGGAGCUUAUAUGCAGUACAGUGGUACCUCGGGUUACAUACGCUUCAGGUUACAGACUCCACUAACCCAGAAAUAGUGCUUCAGGUUAAGAACUUUGCUUCAGGAUGAGAACAGAAAUCGUGCUCCGUAGGCAGCAGUAGGAGGCUCCAUUAGCUAAAGUGGUGCUUCAGGUUAAGAACAGUUUCAUGUUAAGUACGGACCUCCAGAACGAAUUAAGUACUUAACCCGAGGUACCACUGUAUAUGAUUUACAGGUCUCCAAUGCUAUCCUAUCUUACCCACUCCUAUUAGAUAAACAUUAGAUAAACACUGAGGUUCAUUCUUUCACGAUUUCAUAGUGCCUUUGAGCCAAUAUUAAACAUUUUAACAUGCUCCCUGACCGCCACCCCAACCUUUAAACAUUUUGUGCUAAAGUCAAGACUGAAGUCAUUUUGACCAAACCAAAGAGAUUUACCCAUUUUCCAUAUUAAGUAUCAUAUACAGUCAUUUCUACAUAGGAGUAAAUUAAAUAAAUUAAAAUGAGAUUUUAUUUUAUUUUAUUUUUUUAUUUUACAAUUGGGAACUGUGGCUAAUACCUAAAGAUAACCAAUUAUAGUUUGGUUAAUGAAGGACCCAUUUCCCAUAUGUGUCUCAUUGUUUGGAAGAGCUAGCCAGUCUUCUCUCAAGUAGCAGUUUUUGUAACUUUUUCUCUACAAAAAGUAAUCUUAUGAAAAUAUAGGCAGGCAGGUUGUAUAUUCACAGCAGUGACCAGAGGAUGAAUGACUGCUGGGAGCAGCACAGAGAGAAGUGGUGCCAUGGUGCUCCUGUAGCAACAAAACUGGAUGCCUAUAUCUGCCUCACCUGCAAUAAAGCAUGCCUCUCAUAUCAAUCUCUAUAGCCAUAGUAGGAGCUGUAACUCUCCAGUUCGACUUUACCCCCAAAGGCACACUCCUCCAUUGUCUCCCAAGUCAGACUGAUGCCAACAACCACAAUGAAAAUACUGCAGAUUCAUGGAGUUCUUGCUCCUUACCUCCUUUUACUGUGGAUGGUUUUCCUCUACUCUAAUCGUGGUUUAUGUAAUAUCCAAGUUGGCAACUGUUAUUAGUGCUUGCACUUGAAACCAGAAUGGAAAACCCAUAGUUUUUUGUUUGGAGGACAAGCUCACUUCCUCAUUGUCCAAUUUAACCAUUUAAGUUCACUCUGGGGGUUUUAAUUAGUUAAUUAAUUACUAUAAUGUCUUCAUGCCACUCGGUGAGCAACUUUCCAGAUUUCAUUGUGGCAAUAGACAUUGCUUGAACAAUGUUGGGUGGUUGACAGACUUUACGGUUAUGUACUACACCUUAAAAGCCGUAUUAGGACAACCUGCUUAUAAAAGUGCAAAUCUGCAUCUGAAUGUAAUUACAGAUAGGGUAUUUUAAGUUUUUAAUGUUUGAUGCUUUAUUAUGUUUUAUAUAUUCUGUAAACCGCCCAGAGUGUCUGGGGAAACCCAGCCAGAUGGGCAGGUAUAAAUAAUAUUAUUAUUCUUUAUUAAUUUCUGAACUUCCAGGAAAACUUCCCACCAUUAUGUGGCCAAAAUAGCCCUCCCUCCCCAUAUAAAAAAUGUAAAUAACUUCAUUAGGUGUCAGUAAUAUGCAGUGUUGGGACACACCUGGCCAUGGUCAAGUUUCUCCCAAGGUUGGGUUUUUCAGUUGUUCUUAUCUCGUGACUUUGUAGACUAGUCAGCGUUUAGAGGAGUGGCCACAAACCAUGGUUAAGAAAGGAUACUGGGAUUAUUUGUAUUGCCAAACAAUGGUUGAAAACAAGGUGGGUUUUUCAAACCAAGAUUUCUAAGCCAGUAGCAAAACGAUUUGGUUUCAGAAAUGGUUUCACAAAUGGGUGCUGUACAUAUGCAGAUCAUUGCUGAGAACUUUCUAGAGCUAGGUUUUUGGUGAGCUUUCCCCCCUUCUCUCAGUGUGCAUGUUCAUGGGAGCAUGGCCCCCAACUUCCCGCUAAAUACCUUUUGGCAGAGGCAUCAUCAUCAGAGAUGAUGUCCUUGCUCUCGGGCAAACAUUGUCCUUGUUUUCUUCUCUCUUAUCUAUUUCUUGAGUAGUUUGUUACCUUUAUCUUCUUGGUUUUGUUGGUUGCUGUUUGUUUCAGGGUGCUUCUAGAGCCAUUCACUGAUUAAUGUGAUGUGGGUCUAAAAAGGUUUUCAUCCACACUGCAGAAUAUAGGUUUUGUUUCAUGAAGGACAAUCUCCAUAGACCAGGGGUCUGCAACCCGCGGCUCCGGAGCCGCAUGUGGCUCUUUUACACCUUUGCCACGGCUCCGGGGCGGAUACUAGCGAGGGGAGGAGGCGCAUUGUGCUCCCGACACUCCCCACUGUGGCGGGCGCUGUACUGGCUGUGACGUCGCAUGGGGGUGGUGCGUGCGUUAGUCACGCACCGUCCCAACGUCACCUUCCCGCCCGCCCGCUACGUUGUAAGGGGCAUGUACGCUGGUCACUGCAUUGAAAGGGGGCAUGUACGCUGGUCACUGUUUUGAAGGGGAGUGAAGAACACACACACAAAAAAGGGUAACUUGUUAAUUUAACGUUUAUUUCUAUGAGGAGUAGUAAUUCUGAGGGGUCAAACAAAGAAAUAAAAAAAAAGUGACAAAAAGUUUUUUUAUAAUGACGAGUUUUGCGGCUCCCAGUUGUUUUUUCUUCGGAAACGGGUCCAAGUGGCUCUUUUUGUCUUAAAGGUUGCAGACCCCUGUCAUAGACAAUCUACAGAGAUUGUUUUCAUGUCACAGGUUAAUGAUAGAGGAGAUGAGUUUGGGUUCUAUGAUAAUGUCCAAAGUUAAGUGCUGAAGUGUGUUAUUAAACAAAUAUUGAUCUAUUUGUAUAUGAGAAGUUUUAAGUUCCUUAAGACAGUAAAGUCCAGUUACUCCUAAUAUUUUCAAAUCUUCAAAUACAGUAUCAUGACACAGCUUGUCAUUUACCAGUUAGGUAUUUUAUCAUCUCCAUUUCUAAAUGGCAAAUUACUGAAAUUUCUAUUUGUUGUUUAGUCGUUUAGUCAUGUCCGACUCUUCGUGACCCCAUGGACCAGAGCACGCCAGGCACUUCUGUCUUCCACUGUCUCCCGCAGUUUUGCCAGACUCAUGUUUGUAGCUUCAAGAACACUGUCCAACCAGAAAUUUCUAUAGCGCUGUAUAAAAGAUUAUGAUUGUACACAAAGUUCAAACACAAAAUACCAUAAAAAUAAGAUCAUUUGUUUUGUGUGGAAAUUGUUCAAUUUGGUUGUAUAUGUUUUGAUGUUUAUGACCAUUUUUGUUAUGUUGCAAUUAGAUAUUUUCUUCAUGUUGCAAGCUGCCUUGAGUGGCAUACAAAUAAAAUUAUGUACUUGUGUAUGUAUGCAUAAUCAUUAGAGUGACAACCUAAAUAUGUAAUUAAAACAUAGGUACCUCAGUUUAAGAACAAACCUGUUUACGAAUGAUUCGGUUUACGAACUCCACAAAACCAGAAGUAGUGUCCCGGUUUGAGAACUGUACCUCGGUCUAAGAACAGAAUCCGAACGGUGGAAGGGCACCAGCAGCGGGAGGUCUCAUUAGGGAAAGGGUGCCUUGGUUUAAGAACGGACUUCCGGAACGGAUUAAGUUUGUAAACCGAGGUACCACUGUACUGUAAAUGAAAUUCUGCAACCUGACUUACUGUACUCACUAAGUUCAGUUGCUGAAGUUACAGUUCAGACAGGAAUGGCCUGUUAGUUUGUUUAGUACAAGAAAAAUAGACCAUAUUUCUGAAUCUGAGUGUCCCUCCAAGUUCGUUUGCUUAGGUAACUUACAUUGCUCAAUGAAGAAGUGUUACUAACUUGGAUAGUUUUUUAAAUGAUUGAUUUGAGUUUCUCAAAAAAUGUGUGGGUUCAGUUGAGGAGUUAUAUAAAACUUGACCAAAUAAUGUUUCAGCCGCUUAUAGCAUGUUAAGUUUCCAGUAAGUAUUUGGAAGGUUGUGGGAUGUCUGAUGACAAAACCUGUUAACUCCAAAACUAGUUCCUUUUUAGAAAGUUGCUAGCCCUUGUCCUGAUAGCUGAAAUUCAAACUCAAAGCUUUUUGCUUCCUCCUUGAAAGUGAGGCAUACAGCAAAUUUGCUUUGAAUCUGGAGUGGGGAACCUGAGGCCUGGGUGCUGAAUGUGGCCCUCCAGACCUUUCCAUCUGGCCCUUGAAACACUCCUCAAGCUAUACCCCUCACUGACCCUGCUUUGUAACCCAAGUGCAUGUGCCUGGCUAGAAUAUGCUCUUGAACUCUGAUAAUAGUUUUCUGAUGGAGGAUAGAGAGGUGUGUGAGUGUGUGUAGAAACCAGCGUACUGUACAUUUGUUGAUCCAUUCAUUGUGGCCCUGCCUACCACUAGAAUUUGGUCCUCAGAAGUGAAUGCUGAAAAGGGUUUCCCCCAACUCUGAUAUCGUCUUCCGCACCCCCUCUGUUCCAUCUUCAAAGUCCUACAGAGUAGGAAAAUGUCUUCACGUUCACCGAAUUCUCCUGAGCAUUGUGUUGGAAUUUUGAAGACAAGGGCAUUCUAUUGCUAUUUCCAUGGCUAGCAGGUGGUGAUCUGUAAAUAUUUAUUAUGCAGUAUGGGUGUCGUGUCCCAACAUCUUUUUAUGUUACUGACACUUAUUAUUUAGCCUUUUGGAAAAACUGAGUGGGUCUCCUUUUACCUACACUGGGAAUAGAAUAUUCUCCUUCACUGUCAAAUUGCUUUUCAUAUUGAGAGGUAAUUUUUAAAUUUUAACUUUAUAUAUUUUGUCUCUUUAAGAUUCCUGGAUAUCUCAGUCAGCUUCAUUUCCAAGGAAUCAGAAACAACCAGGUGUGGAUUCUCUGUCACCGGUGGCAUCCCUCCCAAAGCAAGUCUUCCAGCCUCCUACACAACAGCAGCCUUCUAAGCAGGUUAAAGUCACAUGUGCUAACUGCAAGAAACCUUUGCAGAAGGGCCAGACUGCAUAUCAGCGGAAAGGAUCAGUUCACCUUUUUUGUUCCACUACCUGCCUUUCAUCAUUCUCGCAUAAACCAGCUCCAAAGAAACUCUGUGUUAUGUGCAAAAAGUAAGGGUUAGAUCUUACUGCUUGAUCCUUGUCAGUGUGAUCAGUAUUCUUGUUCAGUGUUCCAAAAACUCAGUAAAAUAUUUUAAUUUUAAUCAUUUAUUUAUUGCAUAAAAUAAAUACACUGCUUGAUAGUUGGUUUUUUAUAUAUAUAUAUAUAAAAAACCGUUCUUAAAGCAGUUUAUCCAGGACAUGAAUGAGCUACCUUCUUUCAACUUAUUCUUGUUCAUACUUGUUAUAAAAACUGAUAGGCAUUGAGUUGGAUCAAAUGUAAUGACCAAAUCAUUAGCCCAUUUUGAAGGGUCUUCUUGGUAAAGACAACUAUAGUUAAGCACAAACCAUGAUUUGCUCACAGUGGGCGAUGGGAAAUUGUUGGCUUGAGUGCCCAUUCACAUUGAGCUAACCAUGGAUCAGUCAUUAUUUAGCUAACAAAAUUUAUAUAACGCUUAAUCAGGAAAAACCGCUAAACAUUUAACAUGAAACAAUAUAAGAUAACUAAAAUGAAGGUGGUUUGUAUAAAAAGUUUUCUGCUUAUCACACACGUUUAGUCCUUUCUCUGUAUAAUAUAAUCCUAUGCCAAUACAGAGACUUGGAAAGAGGAACAAAACUAGUUAAAUUUCGUACUACUUAGCAUCUUAGUUUUGUUCCCUGUCUCCUCUUCUGGAAUCCAUGAAGAAUGCUGUUUGGCACUAAUGAUGUGGGUGUAUAAACAGUUCUGAAAAAACAAAAUAUAAAAUUAAGCUGAGACUUGUGGGAAGCAUGGGUGGAGCGUUUUGGCCUAAUUUGUACACAUUUGUUGAGUGCUAGCAGUGAGGUCUGGGUGGUGCCAAGUCCUGCUUUGCUUUGUUAAUGAAACAUGAUUAAAUCCAGUGUGUUAAUAUUCUUGAAGCCCUUUUAAGUUACCCAUCUAAACAACAUUAACUGCUGCAUUGAGACAUGUUGGACAGUUAGAUAAAUUGAUUUUGACAUCAACUUGUAAUUUAAAAAUGCAUAACUUUGCUUUUGAAGCUGUCAGGUUUACUGAGAGAGAAGAAUUGUAACUAUCUGUUGAUCCAUUGGCUGUAUGCAGCUAGGUAGCUGUCUUCCUGUUUUAUUAGAGUAAAAUCACUUCAGGUUAAUAGGGCUUAGCUUAUGCAUACUUCAGUACAAGAAACCUAAGGUUUGUGAGUAUCCUAUGAGCAAUGAGCAGCUAUAGCACAAAAGAAUUAAAUGUGCUCCCAUUCCCUUUUGUUAAACAACAACAAACGUUUGCUUUAUGGUGUUUCUGUUUAUAAUUGAUAUUUUUGCUUCUCAUGGUAUUCCACGUGUCUCCAAAUAAUACUUUUACAAAUAAACUUUUCCAUUUUCUUCAUUGUAUUUUCACCACGGUUGAGCACUGAUGUAGAUAUAAGACUAAUUCCUUUUAAAUUGUGGUUUGUGAAAUAUGAGACUCCACCCCCAGUCCCCCAAAUCAAUUUAUCCCUCUUUUCUGCCACCAAUUAUGGCUUUACAUUACAGCUGCAUCUAUGGCAAAAUAAUUUCAUAAACAGAUUGAACUACAUUUUCACACUCUAAUUUACAAAGAAACAGGAUUUGUUCUCUAUAGUUUGCAUUAGGUGUCCAUGAUAUAUGAAAAUAUGUUUUCACUGCUAGAUGAGAAGGGGUGUACAUAUCUCCUGAUACUCAAGGAGAAAAGACUGGCUUUUGAUAUGCAAACCAUUAUUUGCACUGCUCCUUAGUCUACAGCAGGGAUAGCCAAUGUGGUACCCUCCAGCAGUUUUGUACAUGAACUGUCUGCUCCAGCCAGCAUGGUCCGUGAUCAGGGUGAUGGAAGUUGUUGUCAAAAACAUCUGGAGGGCACCAGGUUGGGGAAUACUUGUUUAACAAGCAGGAACGAGCUGAAGUAAGCCUUGGGCUUGCAUGCUCCUCCCUAUCCUGGAGAGCCAGUGUGGUGUAGUGGUCAAGAGUGGUAGACUCGGAAUCUGGUGAACCGGGUUCGCAUCCCUGCUCCACAUGCAGCUGCUGGGUGACCUUGGGCUAGUCACACUUCUCUGAAGUCUCUCAGCCCCACUCACCUCACAGAGUGUUUGUUGUGGGGGAGGAAGGGAAAGGAGAAUGUUAGCCGCUUUGAGACUCCUUCAGGUAGUGAUAAAGCAGGAUAUCAAAUCCAAACUCCUCUUCUUCUAUUCUCCCUCUUAGCCUAGAAGAACAACUUAAAGGAAUCCACUUUUAAUUGCAAUCUGUCAGGUCAGCCAUAAAAAAACUGGUUAACACAAACUGUGGUUGGCUUGUUUUAAACUAACUUCAAACCACAUUUUCUAAAGCUGGCUUUUUUAAAUUAAGCAUAGUUAAUGCUAACCACAAGCAGGGAUUUGGAUGACACCAAAGUUAUGUUUAACUGAAGAAGUGAAAGCGUUGUCUUUGGUUGCACAGCUUGUUCCUUCUUGUGUGUGUCACAUUAAACCAUUUUUAGCUUGGAGUUCACCCAUUUUGGGUGGUGGGAGGGAGGGGGCUCUUGAUAAAAUCAAAUUGUUCCAAGUGUGGCGUAGUUAAGAGCGGUAGUCUCGUAAUCUGGUGAACCGGGUUCGCUUCCCCACUCCUCCACAUGCAGCUGCUGGGUGACCUUGGGCUAGUCACACUUCUCUGAAGUCUCUCAGCCCCACUCACCUCACAAAGUGUUUGUUGUGGGGGAGGAAGGGCAAGGAGAAUGUUAGCCGCUUUGUGAUAAAGCAGGUUAUCAAAUCCAAACUCUCUUUCUUCUUCCCAGUUUUUUGUUCAGACUUUUAAAUCUUGUACUAUCUGUGACUAUUGUAUUUUAUGGUGGCUCCUAAUAUUUAGAGGACAUUCCCUUCUUAUCUUUCAGAGACAUAACAACAAUGAAAGGUACCAUUGUUGCUCAGGUUGAUUCAAGUGAGUCCUUCCAGGAGUUUUGCAGCACGUCAUGCUUGUCCUUCUAUGAAGACAAACAGAAUCCCUCAAAAGGAAUCUUAAAUAAGUCUAGAUGCACUAUUUGUGGAAAACUAACAGAGGUUUGUUUGUUUCUCCCAUCCCUCAUUUAUACACUAAUAUAAUAUUAUUUGAGUUUCUCAGGAAAUUACUUAGGUAAUAUUUCUCACCAAUAUUUCUUAUGUGGGCAGAAUUUUCACUUGAGCCACUUGUCAUGCUCUUCAGUCUUCUGGCAGCAUACAAGUUCUCAUAUGAUACCUAGGAAAUGAAAAUUAUUUACCUAGCCUUUCCAGAUUGGUUGGUUUGCAUUUCUGCAUCCUUCACAGACUUGAAUUUUCUUAGAUUAAGUAUUCUUUGAUUCUUUUUAGUUACGAUUUGUAGUAGUCUCUAUCCUUGUCGUUACCAUUAGUCUGUCAUUUUCCUUCUUUGCAAAGAUAGAAAUAAUGCAUGUACUGUGAUGCGUGGUUCAACUUUGUCAGUGUCUGAGGCAAGGAGGAAAUUUGGUGCAUUUUGCUCUUUGUGCUUUUAAUAUACACGUACAACUCAUUUUUCCUCACAUUUUCCCAUAGUGCAGCUUAUUCUGUGAAUAUUAGUUUUAUGGAAAAUGGGGUAUUUUUCUUAGAAGAGGGCAUUAGUUUCCAAUCUUUGAAAAUUAACUUUUUGAGAGUUACUGAAUUUCUGUGGUGAUUGAAUACAUUGUAAAAAUAUAUUUUGCCUCACAUGUGAAAGUUUACUAAACACAUUUUAUUUCAUUCUGGGUUUUUUAUACUCCGUCAUGUACUGAAUACUUACCAAUGUUUACAAGUCAUAUAUUUUACAGUCAAAUUGUAUUACAUGUGGUAUCCUCUGUUCCUCUUUUGUUUUUGCUUUUUAAGUUUCAAAAGUACCAAAUGCAGCUUGCAUUUCUGAAAUUGCAUUUUCCACAUUUUUCAAACAGUUUAAUCCAAAUUUAUAUUUAAAAGCUGUUAUCUGGCUAAUUAUAACUCACUACAGUAAAAUUGGUUCCCCCCCCUUUUAGAUCCGUCAUGAGGUUAGCUUUAAAAAUAUGACACAUAAGCUGUGUAGUGACCACUGCUUCAAUCGAUACCGAAUGGCAAAUGGCUUAAUAAUGAAUUGUUGUGAGCACUGUGGGGAAUACCUGCCAAGUAAAGGAGCAGCAAACAAUAUCCUUAUGGUUGAUGGAGAGCCGAAAAGAUUCUGUUGCCAAAACUGCGUUAGUGAAUAUAAACAGGUAACUCUUUAUCUUCCAUUGUCAUUUAGUGAUAGCUUAUUUAAAAUUGUUUAACCAGUUUAUUUUGAAACCAUACUUGGUAUUACAAGUAGUGUACAUUUGUUCAUCUCGAAGCACAUUCCUUAUUUUAAAAGUGAAACUGAGGACACGAAACUCCCAUGUUGGUUGAAGUAGCACCUCCACAAUCAACCUUGGCCCUUUUUUCAUUCAUUUGGAGGCAUGUCUAGGAUAUGGCAAACAUAUUUCCACAAUAAAGCUGUAUUUCAUGUGUUGAUCUUAACAUACAGGUUUUGGCCCUGUAUGUUAGAUUUCCACUUGUUUUUAAAAAAUUAAGAAAAGAUCAGCCAACAAAAUAUGCCUUCUUCCAUAUGUUUCUCAUUAAGGAUCCUUAAAGCACUUGCUGUAACUAGCUGUAGCUAGCUGGUUCUUCAGAAGGAGUGGGGUUUGUUUUUUGUCCCAUCGCUCCAGUUACCGCAUAUGUGACUGUGAUAGCAGACUCUUUGAAGCAACACGACAACUGACAAUUUUGUCCAAAGAGCAUCAGGGGUAGUGCAUAUGGGAUUUUUCAUUCUUUUCUCACAAUAACUCGAAUGCCUCCACACUAUUUCUCCCAAACCUCUCCCACUGUAGUCGCCAGUCCUGAAGCUCAGGUCUUUCUUGAAUGCCCUUUGACCUUCCGGAGGGGCUUGAGAGGGGCGGGGUGUUCUCCUUGUGCAACUAUUCUUGUGCAUGUUCUACACUGGAUCCAGGCCAAUGUAUUGUUUCAUCAAGGUGCUUUUUAGGUUGCUUCUAAACUGUGGAAGAAUUUUCUAUUCCUUUCUUGGAACAAGGUAACUAUUAGUCUCUUAAAGUGGAGAGGCUUUAUACUGAAUAAAAAUAUAUUCUAUCUCAUUUUGUAUUAGCCUGUCCUGUUCUUAAUGUUAAGAUGCUACUUAUAUAUAUUUUAUAAAAUGUAAACAGCACUUUUAGAAACAUAACAUGGGCCUUGUUGUUUUAUUAUGCAGCAAAACAAAAGGGUCAAAAUAGGUUAUUCAAGAUACUAAAAAUGAUAGGCACACACUGAAGCCACGGAGAAACUUGGAGAAGCCUUGAAUAAGAUUUCAUGAAGGAACCCAAAAGAUACAAGAAUAACAUGGGAGUUUCCCACACAAUCAAUAAUGCAUUGCUGAAAUUCCAAGUGAACAUGGAAUUGUGAUCAAAUAACAACUCUGUAUCUUAUCAGUUUAUUGUGACAUGUACAUUUUUUCACCUGUAUAGAUAUUUCAUGCUAUUUUUGACAUAUCAUCCCAUAUGUUUUUUCCCCCAAGAGGGUGAGGUGGUGUGAUAUAUGUAGAGGAAAUUACAAAAUAUUAUUUGAAUCAUUGAAGUUUUUAUUUUUGGGACCUAUAUUUUAGAAUUUAUUUGGAGAUGGAUGAACGCUUUAGCAUAUCAACUUUAUGUAGAAGGCUGUGGGGGCAAAUAUUUAGCUGCAUAUAAAACUUGGAACCUGAUAAAUCCCUCUCCUGUUAUGUGCUUGGCCAUUAAUCUGCAAUUAAAGGCCCUUGAAUGAAUCUAGUGGUUUCAAUCCUCCUUGGGGCCACUCAUAAGCUGUUUGUUGUCCAAGAGUGAGUAGCUUGCAUGGGAAAAUGAUUCUCUGGCUAUGGGAGAUAUUUAUAGUCUUCCCAUUGCAGGUAAAAUGCCUUGGCAUUUUGUAGUAUGCCUGGCUCCAUAUGCAGUAGUGCAAGGCCCAGGUGGGGGAGAGUGUAUUAGUGGUGUAUUGGGGACCCUUCCCAUGUGUAGGAAAGGGAUGGAUCAUUCUGUUGGAUUGUAAAUGGUUUGUUAUGGAGAAAGCUAAGUUACUUCUAUACUUUAAAAAAUAACCAAGAGAUUGGUGCUUUGGCUUUAAAUUCAUAGUUUAGAAUGGUUGAUAAAUUGGUGGCUUUUGGGGUCUAUGUAAGCAUAACCUACAUAUUAUUUGGGAUUUCACUAUAGAAGGAUGGAACCAUAGUAGUGGACCCUCUGUCUAGCAUUUUGUGAACUAGCUUUAUUCUGAUUUUAAAUUACUAUAAAAGAAUGUAAACUGAUUGCAUCUUAAGUAUUUUUUGACUUAAAAAUCAACACAGCUAUACCUUAUAUUAGCAAAAAACUAUGGGCACUAUAAGUGAAUAUUGUUAAAUAUGUUUAAAUAUUUUCACAUUUAAUAUUAAAACACAAUCGUUUGGAAACAUUUGUUUUGAAAUUUUUGGUCUGGGCCUAAAGCUUAGCCUAAACGCAAUAGGCUAUGCAAAACUGCCUUUGCUUUUUGCUACUAAAAAAGUUGUAUUAACAAAUAUUUGGUUUUUAUGUAGUAGGAAAACUGAUAGACAUAAUAUUUGUACCUACUUAACAUUUUGUUUAAAUAAAUAAUUUUUUCCACAAAUAACUUUUUUGAAGUAGUUGUUUCAGUUCCCACUCGUUCUGCUCUCUCUCAACAUUUUCCUGUGCAAUUUUAUUAUGGUAGUCUUUAGUAACAAAGAAUUCAUGGAUAAAUAGCUUGAAAGUGCUUACAACUUGACUUUAGAGACCAUUAUUUUAGUUUGGCUGUUCUUUGAGGACUGACAUAUUUUCCCACAUCAUGGGUGCCAUGUGAGAAAAGUACUUGGAAUAUGAAGGCAUACUUCAUUCCAAGUGUUCACAUGGUUGUACUGGAAUGCAUGAGGAGAAGGGACGGGUUGCUAUGUGGCAGUAGAUUUGCAUUGGUUACAUAUCAUUUCAAGCUGUCCUGGAACAUCUGCAAGCCUAGGAAUGCCAAUUUGCUGCUUAGCAAAACUUUUCCUUUCACCUUGUGCUUUCAGUAUAACCACAUCAAAGUGCAGAAGCGAGCAGAAUCUUAACAUGCUUCUGCCACUAUAUUUGCUUUAGGAAAGUCCUCCAAUACUUUGCUUUAUAUUCUGUAUGGUCUCAGGGACCAUCUGAAAAUGCAGACAAGGGCUUAUUUACUUACUGCUCUUCCUCUCUCUCGAGCCCAGAGUCAUGCCGGCUUACAUGGAGUCAGAACUUUAGCUCUUAGUACAGUGUUUUCUGACUGUCUAGAUGGGUAGGCAAACUAAGGCCGGGGGCCGGAUCUGGCCCAAUCGCCUUUUAAAUCCGACCCAUAGACGGUGCAGGAAUCAGCGUGUUUUUACAUGAGUAGAAUGUGUCCUUUUAUUUAAAAUGCAUCUCUGGGUUAUUUGUGGGGCAGAUGAAUUCUUUCAUUAUUUUUUCAAAAUAUAGUCCAGCCCCCCACAGGGUCUGAGGGACAGUGGACCGGCCCCCUGCUGAAAAAGUUUCCUGACCCCUGGUCUAGAACUCUCUGUGGUCUGUCAGAGGCCUUUCACUACCACGCUGCCCAAGAUCUCGGAACGUUAAGUCUUGGAUGAGACCCUUUAUUAUAAAAAUAAAAAUCUGAAGAAACAAAUGAAGGUUAAAUGUGGAAGACAACACAGUGUUUAAGAAGAUAUGAAAUGAAGCAAAUAAAUAAAUAAAUGAAAGAAGCUCAAUUAUGAUAACAUGAGUUCAACUGGCCAUCCAUUUGUAUCAUUGAUGUCCAGCUAUUGUAGGCCUGAAAGCACUGCUGCAACAUAACAGAAACCUAGGGCUGCAUUGGUCUUGCACUAUGCAGGGGGGUUUUUUUCUGUGCAACUUUACUGGAGAACUUUGCCAGGUACAUUUUGUCUUGAUUCCUUUUUCCCAUAUUUGUCACUGAGAAGAAGCCAUGCAGUUGUUAAAGGUCCAGGAGUCUGUUCAGAAUCCAGCAGGCCUAGAGGAAAGUAAUAUCAAUUUUAUCUCCAAAACUCAAACACACAACACAUGCAGACUGCUUCCUUAGCCAUUGAAUCUAAAAGGAGCAGAAAACAUUGGGGGGGGGGCGGUUUGGAGAAAAAGGAAAUGCAGAAAGUGUCUAAAAAUUCCAGGUUAUUAGGUGAUGGGUUGGAGAAGCAGUUCCUCCAAGAAGUCUAGGACCUGCGUGUGCUGCAGAAGUGAUGCUAUAAAGAUGAUUUAACAUGCCUUGCUGAAUGCAUUUCCGUAACACAAGGAACAUGUUGCCAUUUUAUGUCAAUCGCUGUGAGGGUUUUGCUGAGUUUGCACAUAGAUACUAUCGCAAUACAGCUGAGCAUUCACUCUUUACACUUCAGCUGCUAACCAGUCACUCCUGAUGGACAUUACGGCUGUGUGUUAAUACAUGCGUCAGUAAAGGUGUCUGCACUACAUAAGUGAGUGAAGCAGUUUACAGAUUUUAUUCUGGUAUGUGUUUCCAGAAUCCAGUCGCAUGAUCUUCUUGUGUAUUUGGAAUGACACACACUGCAGUGCACAUGGGUUUUCUAAUACAAAUAUUUUUAAUACUGUAUCUGGCAAAGUAAUUCAUGAAACUGCACUUAGACCACAAACAGAAUAUUGCAGUUUUGGCUGCUGUCUGUAAUUGACUCGUUUUGUUUGCAUUGCUUUAUGGUAGCUAAACCUCAAUGAUUUCUAUCUCUUUUUCUUCAGUGGUUGAUAAUUCAGGGCAUGUCCUUUUAGUUUUUGCUCCUUACUUUCUUUGCUGCUACUUUACCUGUUAGCGCUUAUCUGUCACGCUUUUCAGAGGAGGUAGUUGUAUAGAAUCAAACAAGUAAACUUUGUUGCCAAAAGGUAGGCUUUUCAUUUUGAGCAAAGGAACAUGCAGCAACAGUGAAAAGUGGUAAAAGAAGGAAUGCUCUAAUGAACAUGUCAUGUGUCUGCUUGAACGAGUAAAUAAUAUUAAUCUUCAAGGCACACGAAACAGUAAUGUAACAGAGAUGAAAGAGCCUAAUGCCUUAAUUUACUUGAAAUUCAAAUACAUAGAGUACGUAUCUUCUGUAGUCAGAUGCUUCUAAAAAUGUCAGAAUGAGUCUUGCAGGAGAGUGGUAACUUUAUUUGCUGUUUAGAUCUGUGAACCCUAAAAGUAACACCUGAAUUCUUAAUUCGUAUUCUGCUUGUAGGCUUUUUUCCUACCUUAAGGCAUCCCCUUACUUACAAAACUGCUUGUACCUUUGUUUUUCUUUUGUUCCUUUAGUAAGCAACUUUCUCCCUUCCUUUAAUCUUCUCACCACGGCUAACUCUUUCUGCUUCCAAAAGCUCUUCUGUGUAUAAAACACAUUGCUGUAUCUAACUUAACUUUCAUAUGCUUUUUUGCUGUAUUUAUAAGAUUUCUUAUCCACCCUUUACCGCAAGAUUGCAGUGCGGGUUACAAAAAUACAAUUAUAAAAACAAGUAAAAUUGUUCAAACAAAAAAAAGGGGAACAUAGAUUCAACAAAAGAAGGUGGGUCCCACAAAACAAAAUAAGUUAACUGUGAAAAGGCCAUGGGAAAGUGUCUUACUUUCACACAAAGUUCUCUGGUACUUUUUACUACAUGGUUCCUAUAUUUAACAUCUAAGUCACUGGGAGAGAUAAUCUGGGGGUAUGAGCUGAUUGGUGAUUGGGUGUCACCAGUAUUUUGAUGAUUCCUAGUUUUACAUCUCCUUUUCAUCUAAUCCAACUGAGGCUGUGGGAAUUGUGAGCGGUGCUUGGGUUUGUAGUGGCUGAGGGCCAGUAAACUGAAACUUGGUACAGGGAAGACAUGAAUAUUGUUGGGGGGUGGUUUGUCUGCCCAGCUAGGUGGUGCUCAAUCUGGUUUGGAUGAGGUUUCACUCCCCUCUAUAUCACAGAUAGCUAAGAACCCUCAACUAGCCUUUCAGAAGUGUGCUUAAAUGUAAGAUGGUUUACACCAGAAAGGGGCAUGCCAUAUCAUUUUUUGGGGGGAGGGAAUUUCAUGAUUCUGAAGCCACCACACUAAAUAGUGUGUUUUUUAUAGAUGUCAACCUAAUGUCAGUAACCACUGGUAUAAGGGUCUGUGCUUCCUUAGCCAGUCGUAAUUAUGGGUGAUGAUGGGUUGUUCAAAAGGGAAAGGUUGCCCAUGAGAGUCAUACUAUUCUGGAUACUAAAGGUCACCAGCACCUUAAAUUAGUGUCAGAAACAUCAUGGUAACCAAUGAAGUUGUUUCAGAAUAAAUGUUAUAAUCAUAGUGGCGCAAAUCCAUCAAUGUACGGACCUAUUGAAGUUUCUGGAUGGUCUUUGCAGUUCGCCUACCAACCCAGACUGUUAAAAAGCAUUUUGGACCACUGGCACAUCCCAGGUAUCCUGGAACUGAGGAGGACUCAGAUGCAUUCCAAACUGCAAACAUGAGUGAUAUGACUCCCCCUUCCAGAACAGGCAGUUUCCCAGAUUGCUGCUUGUUCAAAUUUCCAACCAUAAUUUCUGCUAGAUGGAACUUCAGUUUAUUCACCCACAUCCUAUCCCAUUACAAAUUGAAGAUACUCUUUUAGAGGAGGCCUUCCACGUUUCAGAUAAAAGGAGGGGACCUGGGUGACUUGUAGCCAUUUCAUGAAGAUAAAAGGUCUAGGGGAAACAACUGAACUGAGGAUGCACAUUGGUUAUUUUCCAUGAGGAGAGAUUCUGUUGUGCCGGCACUGUAUUUUACAGUGGAGUCCAUUGGGCAGAGCAAGGGAGAAACAGACUUGACCGCAACAGUUGCAGUAGCUGAUCAAUAAGUUUCUCCUUCCCCUCUGCAUGACCUACUUUCACCCCACCCCUAUUUGGGUCAUCAAAAACCCUCAUUCCCUUGGAGUGAUGGAUCGUGAAACUGAUGCUUUACAGCUCCUGUUGGUUUUCCCCAAGGGGUCAGUAUAAAAACUGCUUUGCCACAUUCUUGCUGUUAAGCACUAGCAUUCUAAUUCAAUCUACAGUUUUGGUUGUAGCAAAAUGUUCUCUAGUGGCUAACAAGUCUAAACUCCCUAUACAAGCAGUUACUAUCCCAUGGCCCACCAGAAGUUGCUGAGUUGCAACUCCCAUCAUUCCGGGCCAUUGGCCACUGUUUGAUGAGGGUUAUAGUUUAGCAAUAUCUGGAGGGCUACAGUUCAGUCACCCAUGCCUUAUGCCACUGUCUCAUUUACAUAUUUCAGACAGCUUGGCUUUCCUAGCUGGCCCUGCAUGUGGGACAGGUAGUAUCUCAGAGAAGACUGCUGGAGGCCCUGACUUUCGAUCUCCUGCCUUGCAACUUAAGCUUGACUUUCAGGACCAUAGGACUACUUCCCCUGUGUCAGUGGUGCCAAUAUGGACCAUUGGUUCCCACCCAGUAUACUUUGCCAGACUGCAUGAUACCUGGAACCUUCAUACCAGGCCGAAAAGUCACUGUAUCCACCAGAAAUCUAGGUAUCUUGGUCUCUGAUGAUUGAAUUACCUACAACAAGGAGCCUGUCCCCAUAGGGAUACUCUCACUGUGACAGGAUAUAUGUUAGCCCCUCAGUAAUGAGUCACUUCUAAUGGAACAUUUCCUCUUAGAGUGCUGUCCUCAUGCCCCAAUAUUCACUAGGACUGCAGAGGAGCUUUCGCCUUGAAAAUGAAAAGCUGCUCUGUCCUUGAAGGCCUCGUCCAUCAACCUUUCUGCUUCCCUUUGCUUCUCCGGAUCCCAAGAGCUCUUGCCACUUACAUCUGGAGGAUGUACUGUUUAAGGAAUGGUUAUGGAAACACCCUUUGCAUGUUUCAAAGCUGUGUUUCUAUACAAAACACAGUUAAAUUCCUAUCUUACUUAAUACAAAGAAACCAUUUGUCUAGAAAGCAGACAUUUUCCUCCAGACUCUUUAGGCAGCUUCUGUAAAUCAACUUUCAGAUAGUAAGACUGCCAGCAGAUGGCCUUGUGAGACUGUCGGAACAUCCUCAGAACAGAUAUGAAAUCAUGGCUGUUCUAGCUAGAUUCCCCAUUAAUCACCAGCAGUACUACAGCGACUAACUAAUCUUAAAGGAAGACUUUCUCUUUCAUGGGUUGUCUAAGCAAGCGCAAACUCAGAUUAAAUGAGUCUGAAACUUUCUGCGUUUUGCAGAAGAAAGUCUAGAACAUGUUGAUUGGUAUUUAAAGAAGACUCAAAUAAGAUCAUACUUUCCACUGAUCAAGUUCAGGUUUAGGUUUAGGUUUGAUUGUUCCCUGUCAUUUCUCUUGGUGGGAAAAACUUCUUGGGUGGUUUCAGAGUGAAAAGCAGGUUUUAGAGGCUCCUGUUGCAGAGGCAGAAAUUACUCACAUGGUACUGUGAGUUGCUCCCAUAGUACUAGAUAGCAUGGGGCAAGGUACCCAGCAUGGUGCCUUCAAGUUGUAGCUGGGCUGUAACUCCCACCAGUCCCAACCAGCAUGAUUAGUGGUCAGGGAUGGGAGCUUUAGUCCAGCAACAUCUGGCGGGGCAGCAUCCUGGCUACCCCAUGGUAGGAAAAUGAAGUAUGUCUUGUCCCCUGUAGACAUUGUUCCCUUGCAUGUAAGUCAGUCAGUUCAUAUUGGGUUAUAACUGAAUUUCCUCCUAAAUAAAUUAAUUGCCUUUGAUCAUUUCCUACCUAAUUAGCCAGUGGUUAUAGUAGAUGUUAACUCAGUGUAUGACAUUUGUGAAAAGGGCAAAUUAAGUUACAUAGAUUAGGUGAUUAAAAAAAAUCUAAACCUGCUUUGCAUUCACAUGGAGACUGCACACAUGAACCCAAGUCCUGUCAUCCUUGCCCAUAAACAUUCUGGAAUAAAAAUAGCAUGGGCAGGCCUGUAUGCAGAUUGCUUCACAUAAGCAGACACAAUUUGCAGAUUAUGUUGAAUGCAUGUUCAUGAGGUGGAACUGGCAUAGACAGGGGUGGGUGGGUGCUAUCUCUCUUGUAUGUGGGUUCUACAUUCUGUAAAAUACAUGUGCAUAGGGAUCCUGUGUGUGGUGACUUGGCCUUGCUGUAACAGUAGCUGAGCUUUUGAGAGGAUACUAGAAAAUUUCUGUAUGCCUGUUGUAAUAAGACAAUCUGAUUAAGUCAUAACUAAUGUUUUUUUUUACUUUUUCAUUAUUUGCUUUUUAGAAAUAUGGCAAAUUAACAGCUUGUACUGGUUGCAGAGUUCAGUGCAGGUUUUUUGACAUGACACAGUGCAUAGGACCUAAUGGACAUAUGGAGCCAUACUGCUCAACUGCAUGCAUGAACACACACAAAUCAAAACAUGCAAAAUCAGAAAGUAAGUGAAAAGGUUGGCGUGUUUUCAUCCAUGAUGAUAAAAUAAUUUUCCGAAGUAGGAGACUCUUGUUUCACUUAUGGUUUCUAUCUGAUUUUCCUUUGGGGGAAAAAUUAUUUUAAAUUAGUUGAUGCCUAGAUUACAUUUAGCACAUAAAAUAACAUUAGCAAUGUUUAUCGGUCACAUACAAAAGCUAUAAAGACUUUUAAUAUUUAGCUACUCUUAAUUCUUCCAUUGCAUCUAUUUUUGUCUUAAAUUCAUUGUGAAGCUUUUAUUUUAUGACAGAGGAAUAUUGUUGGAGUCGAUGAUCAAAGAACACACAUUGCUAGCAAAAGUGCAUUGUGUUCUUCCUUGCAAAAUAGAUGGAGAUGGUUAAAAAUCAGUUGAAUUUGUCUGAAAAAGUGCAAGUACAUUUUUUGUAACCCCACCAAAAUAAUACACUGAGGCAUGAUUUACAUAAAAAGUGUUUGUAAUUAUAUCUGUAUUUAAAAACAAACUAUUUAAGUAGAGCUUUCACAUUGGCUUGGUUCAGAUGAUUAUCUGAUCAUCUUACAAUGCCAUGAUAUGAACAAGAUGAUUUGUUCCUCCUUCAACACUGUGAGGAAGCUUGUAAUUAACCAUAGAUUCUGUUUUCAUCUGAACCAAGAAACUAUAGUUUCUAGCUUCAAAACACCUGGUGUCUUCCAAGGCUGGUAACUGUAGUCUCCUGGUUCAAGUAAAGUGGGAAAAUAGAGAUUUCCUGGAUUGAUUGCUUGAGUAGCAAAGAGGCUGCAUUCCCAGCUAAAAUACUCAGUUUAUUAAGCCAAGAUAAGAUGAUAUGAACGCAGCCAUUGAUGCAGAUUUUGAGAAACACCAACUUGUUAUUCAUAACGUUGUACAUUUGCAUUUAUUUUAUUUGUAAACUACAUUUUUCUUUUAGGUAUGGGGAUUGUUUGCCACUUUUGUAAGCGAAACUGUUUACCUCAAUAUCAAGCCACAAUGCCUGAUGGAAUACUGUACACCUUUUGCAGUUCGAGUUGUGUAGCUAAAUUUCAGGUUAGCUGUUGUGUUAAAUCUCUUCCUCCCUGGAUAUGUAUUUUUCUGUGCAUGCCUGUUAGGUGCUCUUAGUAUGUUCAUAUUAAAUAAUUUCCUACCUACUCAUUGUUAAAAACUACUCUUUAUGAAUAUGCGUUUAAACAAGUGGGGCUUCUAAUGUACCUGGUCAAAUUUUGGCACUUCUCAGUAAUUUCCAGAAUUAUGGUGAGAGUUAUUUGAAUGUCCAUUCCCUUGCACUAAGAAAAGUGAGAUUGUAAGCAGGUCACCACCUGCAUUGGGACAACCCAUGGUUACUUGAACACAAGAUCAACUUUGACCCUGUGUAUUAAACUUAGUUUCAGAUAACCACAGGAAUUCCUGGGUCAUUUCUGCAUACUGUAAUAGGAAGCAUUUAUAUCAUCCCAUGUUUAGAAGUUGGUGAGAGACAGGGAGUAAGUUUUAAUAUCUUAUCUCAAUGUGAGUGAGAGUUGGGCUUAAGUUCUCCUUUGGGCUGCAAGAAAAACCGAAUGUUUAAUUUGGCAUUGACUGGCAACCUAUGUAAUUGUGCUUCUUUGAGAGAUUAAGAAUUACACUGCACAGAACAAUUGGAUUGGUUUCCAAUGCACUGUUUGCUGGCUGUUCAUCCCAUAUGAGUGACAUUUGAAGCCUCAGCGUACAUGUAAUAAGGCUGAUAUGUAUUCACGUUGCAUAGUUAUAAGCGACAGAGUUCUGAAUACCUUAAUCCCCAUUCCAUUUUAAAAGCAGUAAGUGUUUUUAAAUAAGAAAAGAGGGAGCAAUUGUUUAUGCUACUUGGUAGUGGCCUCCAAGUGGCCUGCUGCUUAUUCUUGAAUGUUAUGCCAGUUUUACUUAAAAUAACCAAAUGUGCUUGUGUCUACACCAUCCAGAUUUGAUACAAGCCAGUGAGACUUGAUGUUGAAUGGGCCUCGAGCCUCUGUUGCUUUCCUGACCUUUUGCCUACUUUGUUUUCUGUAAAUGAAAUAGAAAUUGUAAAUUUGGAGGAUGGCGAAAUCAUCAUUGCAAGAUGGUGUCUUAACCCUGAUGACCCUUUGUGCCCUGGGAUUAUUAGUCUUAAGUAUGCAAUUGUUAGCUAUGAAUGCUAGAAAAAAGAAAAUAUUCCCAGAUAUGAUAUGCCACAUAAGCUGCAUGGGAACAGAAAAGAUAUUUGGACCUACUUUCCCCAUCAUUUCUGCUUCCCAAAGCUACCCCAGAAUGAGAUUUAGGAAGGAAAAAUAUGGAUAUCAAGGAGUCCAGCACCAUGGCAACCCUUGUCUCCUAACCUCACCAGAAAUUGGAUGAAGUCCUCCAGCUCUUUAGAGGUGACAUUGCUAAAUAGGCAAGCAACUUAACAGAGAUCUCAGUGACAGCAAGCACGGCAAUGGAACUCAGCUUCAAGAACAAAGCCGCCAUUGAGGUAAUGAAACCCCCACAAAUUGACUUAAAGCUACAGCUAGAAGACAUUCAGGAUCAAGAUUGCUGCCUGAAUAUUAGGGCCAGGGGGAAUCCACGAGGAACCUGGAGAGCAAAGUUUGCAAGAAGCUUUUAUAGCACAGAUAUGUCAGCUGCUCCCGAGGUGAAUCUUUAACCAGGGGAUAUAGAAAACCUACACAGUUCACUUUGUUCCAAACAAAAAAAAGGCAAGAACCCUAGGGAUGUUGUAGUGCGUUUUUCCAAAUACUUGGUAAAAAAUGACUUAAUGCAGAGAUUUAGAGUUACCAUUGUAAGUUAAUAGUAAUCCAGAAUGGAAUCUAGAAAGCUUUUACAGCAUUUGGAAUUGCAGCCUGAAUUGGAGCAGUGAACACAAGAAGCUGAUGAAGAAAGCAGGGAUCCAGAUCAAGAGAGCUUUGACCUAGUGGCAAAGAGACAGAAAGGUUUCCCCAAAGAAGAAAUGGCCAGAAUUUAUCCCAGAUGGAACCUGCUCAGUUUGGGAUUUUAUGUGACCAUUCUGUUGACAUUGCAUAAACAAUCAUUUUAACUUCAGCAUAAAACUUCAGCGCUAAUUUCUUUACUGUUAGAUCCAUGGAGUGGGGAGUUUUCCCCUUCCCCUUUGAUUCCCACUGCAUUUGAAACUCAUUGAGUUUCAGGGGAAGGGGAAGUUGUAGGUGAUGGGUUGUUACUUGUAUGGGACUAAUGGGUACAUGCCAACAAUUGUGAGAAGUGGUUAACUACAGGUUCAGUGUAUUGCCCCGAUAAACAGCAAAUACUCUUUUUGAAAAAGACACUUUUUUAUAGCAAGAAUCCUUUAAACAGGAAUGGAUGGCCUUUGGAGACGAUCUUCAUUUCAUACUAAAUGAAUAUUUUGACAGAAGUAAAAAGAUACUUAAAGGGAAAAAUACAUCACCCUCUACUGAAACUCUGCUAUAUUAAUUAUUGAAAAAAAUACACUUUGAUAUGAUGCAUACAACUUCCACCAAGAGAAACAUGAUUACACUUGUUUUUCCAGUUAACAUGAUUACUCUUGUUUUUCCAGUUAAUAGGACACUUUCUUAUAGCCUGCCUCUUGAUCUCAGAGAUGUGGUCCUUUUGGGUCUACUCCUCCAAUAUUGGGAAGAUGCACACUUUGAUCAUAUUCCUUUGUUCACUUCUUUGAUCUGGGAAAAUAAUCCACUGGAAAUGGAUUCAGGAUUACUACAAGUCAGUAGUUGUUGAAAGGCCACCAAAGGAAAUUCUUAAGGCAAUGGCCAGAGGAGCAUUAAUUAAUUUAAAUUAUAGAUAAAAUAUCUCUUCCACAGUUAAUCAUAGAAAAAUGUUAAGCCAACUCCUCUCUAUUGAAGAACCUCAGGUGGGCAUAAAGAAAACUAAAUGUAUUUAAACCACCAGAUGGCUAAACUGUUGUCUUCUCUAAAACCUUCCAAGACCAAUUGGCUUCUUUAUUGUUAACAUUUUUAAACAAAUAAAGCAACAGGCAAAUUCGAGAUACUUUGAAAAUUGUUAUGAUUCCUAAACUUUUGAAGGAUUUUAAAUCCAUUGAACCACAUCACCCCGCCCUUUAAAUAAGUGCCUGUACUAAACAUCCUGGUAAAGAGAUGGGCUGUGAUCAUAUCUAACUGUAUUCAUCAUUAUUAAAGAAUUCACCUGACAACGCUCAGUUGCCUAAUGUUGAAUGCAAUUAAUUUUGGACAAAAUCAUCCAUUGCCUAUAGCCAUUUUAGCCCUGGAUGCCACCAAAGGGUUUGUUCACUGGGAGUGGAAAUUUUUAUUCAUUACUUUAAAUAAAAUGGCAAGUGAAAAGCUUAGCAAGCAAUUAAAUAAAUGGGUAGAAGUCAGCUGUUUUCUUCCCACAACUAAAACUGUCUGAGAUUCCAUAUAAUUGGAUUAACAUCCAUCAGGUUCUACAUGUUUCUGACCUAUGACACGAUUUGAAAAGUUGAUUUAUACCACAGAUCAUUUGGAUAAAGGCCUUCUGUCAAAAAUGUUGAAUAUUUUGGUCCAGACCUCAAAGAAACCUCUAACUUCCUUAAAGGCCCUUUGGGCUUGUGUCCUGGGUACAAUAAUAAGGAGUACUCAUUGGGAACACAUGCAGGGUAAAGCUCGGUUUCUCUCGUCAUCUGCUUGAGCACUUAAAAAUGCAUUAAAAACUUCUGCACUGCUGGUAUAUGCACCCACUUCUGUUAAGUAGGAUUGCCAAAACAAAUGCAGUCAACUAUCAAAUUAUCGGAGAUUAGGUUCCCUUUUCUAUAUGUAGCCCUCCUGCCCAGAGUUCUAGCAAUUUUUGGAUAAAAAUAUUUCAUAACGCUGAAGUGAUUACUCACCUGAUAGCAGCAGUUAGAUUAACUAUAACUAAAAUUUGGAGAUAGCUAAACACAAGGGUAAUGGAAAUUGGUUUCAAUAAUUAGGAGGCCUUCAGAUGGAAAAAUUAACCAACAAACUACAGUGAUAAGACAUAACAAGAAGUCUGACAAGUUUUUUCCUGUUUGAUUCAGUUUUAUUAAGAUACGCUAUGACAAAAGUACAUGGUUAAAGAGUACAAGCCUCUCAUGACGAUCUGUGGAAAGAUGCUUUAUUUGAUGGGCACUUUUAUUGGAGAAUUGAAUUUGUUCAGACAUGAUAUGCUGUAUUUAUCUGUGGGGGUUUAUUUGUAUGUUUUUUAUACUUGAAAUUUAAUAAAACAAGUUCAGAAAAGGAAAAGGCCCUGUUGAUUUUGGUGGGAAAGAUUUAGGUGUCUUUAGCAGGAGAGUGACUUGAUCUUAAUACAGCUUAGCUUUGACUAGAUUGUAUCCAUUUCUUACAAACUUGAUAACUUCACUGGUUUUUUAAAACUUUGUCCAAGUUAAUAAUAAAAUGUGUAAGGAGCCACCUGAUUUCAUCUCCAGAUUUGACAUUGGCCUAUUAACAUAUAAACUGGUCGUGUGUCCUGGAAAGUUCUUAGAAUAUUCCAGAAAGAAGUUCCAUCAAGUGGAAUAUACCUUUGCUUAUAAUACUUAGAAUCGGGCAAACUCUUGCUUUUCUGAGUCACCAAGACUGAAGCCUCAAUUUGCAAAUCUGUAUUGGUAUCUAUGUACACACUGAUAGUUCAUUUCAAAAUGGCUAGAAUAUGUUUGACCUACAUCUCUAUCUGUACCUGUAACCCUGGCUGCUUCCUUUUUCAUGUAAACCAGAUGCAUCUUUUAUCUGAAAACUGAGCAAAACAGUAAAAAGAAACAAACCAGUUUGUGUUCUUGGCCUUCUUGCAUGCUAUCUGUACCUACUAGACUCACCUUUUAGCUGUGCUUUACUUACUACUUUGUAUUUUUUUUAACAAUUCUAGCCUACAUUUCAGUCUACCUCUAAGGGCUCAAGGUAGAUUAAUUCCCCCUCCCCACAUUUGAUCCAAACUGUGUAUGUGGGUUAGUCUACUCAACCUCUUUUGCUGCUUGCGUUGUUGUCCUAACACGGUUCAUUUCUUGGGGUGACCUUGUUACGUAUACGAAGAAGGAAGAAUUGGACAGCUCUUUUUUUUUUUAAAUGAUAUUUAUUGAAAAAUUUUUAGAAUUACAGAAAAAGACAAAACAGAAAAAUAAAAAAUAAAUAAAUCCAUCAUUCUCAAAUCCUCAACUUUCAUUACCUUCUUUCUUUGACCUCCUCCUCCUCCCUUUUUUUGUACCCUAGUUAAUAAUUAUCGCAGCAAAUCCUUUCCAUAAUUCAUAAUAUUCUGUCAUUACAUUACCUUAAUCUAUUUUCAUCUUAUCUUAUAGAAAACCUUGAAAUUUAAAACUUAAAUCUUAUUUUUACCAACUUCUCAUAACCAUAAUAUUCUUACCUAAUUCUUUAAACAUUUUUUCUAGAGCCAAGUAAUUUCAUUCCAACAUUUUUCUAACAUUCAUCAAUUUUAUAAAACAAUCCUAGUAAUAAAAAAAAGAAAUAAAAACAAUCCAAUCUUCAUCCAGCAUCCCUUCCUCCUGGUCCCGGGUUUUGUCAGUACUUUUUAUCCCAUUAAUCUAGCACAUUAACCUGGUAACCUUAUAUCUGAGGUCCUUAAGUCUCUUUCAUGUCCCUUCCGCGGCUCUUCUUCAUAUUUUCCUUUCACUCGUGGGAACUCCAGCUUGGUAAUGUUUUUGACCCUUUUCAACAAAUCAGCCCCUUUUCCAUAGUCCAGACUAAACUCCAUGUGGUAUUUAAAAACAUGUUUCAGAAUCCCUCCAAAAUUGAUGUAGCUGGCUAAUAAUACUGCUUCUUAUCCGAUGGAAAGGGAAGGCAAUCUGCAGAUGUGAACUGCCCUCAUUUUCACUGGAUGGAUGGAAAAUUUACAGGUCAGAUACAGUGGUACCUUGGUUUGCAUAUGUCUUGGUUUGCAUACGUUUUGAAUUACAAACACGUCAAACCCGGAAGUGCAUGUCCUGGUUUGCAACCUUUUUUUGGAUUGCAACCCAUUGGGGGGGGGGGAUUAUGAACAAAAAUUUUUUGAAGGCCCCAUUGGCGAAAGCACGCCUUGGGUUACAACCUGUUUUGGUUUACAAACGGACCUCCGGAACAGAUUAUGGUUGUAAACCAAGGUACCACUGUAUAUUUUCCAAGUUAGCCAACAUUAUGUCACAGAAGUAGUAGCUAACAAUUAGUUUUCUCAUGUUAUACCUCCAAAGCGAGUAACUUAAGCCCGAUCUGCUACACACAAGUAUGAGAACUACACAUAGAGCAUUCACUUAAUAUAGCUGGUUAUGCAAGAAACAAAAUAGGCAAUUUUGGCAUUGGUUUUAAUUCUCAGUACACUGAAUUAAAACUGUUGAGUGUAUAUAAAUGAUUCCCAUAUGGUGUAAACCAGUGGUGGCCAAACUUGGCCCUCCAGCUGUUUUUGGACUACAACUCCCAUCAUCCCUAGCUAACAAGACCAGUGGUCAGGGAUGAUGGGAAUUAUAGUCACAAAACAGCUGAAGGGCCAAGUUUGGCCACCACUGAUGUAAACUAUGGAACCCGAUUGCAUUUUGUGGUGUUCAGACACGCUUGCUUCCUGUUGACUCCAUUGUUCCACAAUUUGGGAUAAUUGGGUGUUGCAGGUAUGUGCACCAUGUUGAGUUUAGCAUAUCUGUAAGAUUAGACGAUAUGUCAGAAUCACAUUAAUACAAAUAAAAUUAGGCUUGCAGACCAAACAGACGUGUAUCCCAAGAAACCUAUCUUUCCAAUGACUUUGUGUACCCCACAUUCUCCCAGUGGAAAUGUUGUGUUAACCUUUAACACCUCUCUGCAUUCUAAAGCUACCUGUAUAUAUGUCUAGGUGAUAUCUGAAAGGCCUCAGAGCUUCUGUGGUCCCAAAGGUCCUAUCCAUGUGGCUUACAGUUUGGCUCAAACAUUCAAGCCUCCUGUUGCUCUUCAGUUAAAUACACAUCCUAUUCUGCCACUGAUAUCACCCACCCCACCCCGCACUAUUCCCUCGCCACAGUCCAAGUUGAUAUAAAAUUAAAGUAGUAGGUUUUGAGUGGCACGUUAAAGUGAAAGUUGAGUGGCACGUUGAGUGAAAGUUAAAUCACAAACAGAACUACUUCUGGAGAGAACUGAUUUUUAGUGAUACUCUGUUUGGAUUUUUAAAAGAUGUGCUAAAUGAAAAUUAAUUGGGAGUUGGAGCUGGAGACUGAGUCAAAGGAAUACACAGGCUGCAGAGACAAAUGACAUACAUUGUGUGCUUUGCUAAUGGAGUACUGUCUGCUUGAUUCUGCUGUUCACUAUCACCACCACCCAUCAAAUACAGUCUUUAUUUGCUCUUAUCAAUUGGGAUGGUCUGAAGACCUUGGGGUAGCCUUUUCUGGAAGAUUUGACUUAUCUAGAUGCUUACUGUGGAAAGGGUUUCUCCCUGUUGCUUCUACCUGUACUUAUGGGUGGUUCUGCUCAACCUCUCUCUCCCUUUGUUUUGUCGGCUUUUGAAGGGAUGUGGGAUGGAGCUUGACUACAGGCCAGGCAGGGUCCAGAAAGCCUUUUGCUACCUCUCCAGGGGCAGGAGUCAUCUUGUUGUCCAGCUAACUCUCCCUGCCUGUGGUUGAAGACAGUUGGGUUCCUUUAGGGUUCUAAAUCAACUCUGUGUUUUUCAUUAGCCUGCCUUCCCUUUUUGUGAGCUGUUUUCUUCCUGGUCCUCCUCUCCUCUUUGUUGGACGUUGUGCUGAUACGGAGCAUGUGUGCGCUUGUGCUGUUGGUCUCUCCCUUCACCUCAGCUGUAAGACAUCAGGUGGAGGGGCUAUGGCUGUGGGAAGAAGGGCCUCACAGGCCAAAUUAGGCCCUUAGGCCUGCCUAACUGGUUAGCUCAACCACAGGUUUCAUAUCUGCUUCUGCACAAGCUGAAUUUUCUUCUCUUUACUUCAAGGCCAUGUGCUCUUUGGAAAGCAUUAUAGGUGAAAGAGGUUAGCUAGUCAAAGGAUUCAUCAGGACCACUCCAGUUGCCCCCAACCCAGAGGGCCUUCUGCCACCAAGUGCCCCGUGUGAAGGGUCUCCAGGAAGUGUUAUAUUUUAAUAUUGUUAAUGUGGCUUUUAGUAAUCUUUCUUUAUGUUUCGUGUAAAUUUGCUUGGAAGGAUUUGUGUCCUAAAAGACAGGAUGUAAAUAAUUGUAAUAAUUAAGUGCAUAGACCUGACUAGUAUUUCAUUGGCAUCUUGUCAUAAAGACCUCUGCCUUGACAGUAGUGAUUAUGCUUUUAAUGCCUCCUCGUGUGUGUGUGUGUGUGUGUGUGUGUGUGUGUGAAUGUGUAUCUCGGUGUUCGUGUGGCAGUGUAGCCAAAUGGGUUCUGUAGGCUGAGCACAGUGAACGGUUGAGAAUGCAGUGACAUAGUGAGAGGGAGUUAGAUCAUGAGACGUCACACACUCUUUCUCCACCUUUCUCCAUGGGCCUGCCCCAUCUCAACUGUCUACUGUUGUCUCCUGAUAUAUUUCUACUAGAGAAUGUUGUUCGUCCAUCACCACCUGCUGCCUAAAGUUCUCUCUUGCACAGCUUCACUCAUUCUCCUAUGCUUCCCCUUACACCUUUCUCUCCCUUCUUUGCUAAGCCUUUGGUUUAACCUUCCCCAGCUGGACUGAAGCCAAAGAGCACCCAGUGUUCAUAUUUAUCAUUGCUUCCCUCUUGUCCCUUUUUGCUGUUGUUGUGUUGGAGGCUCUUUUGACACCUGCUUCUCUAUGUAGCUCUGAGUUGUCAUGUCCAUCGAUGACUGUAUAAACAGUAAAAGUGAGCUUCAGAAACUUUGUGAAUGAUCCUAUAUAGAGGAUGUGAAAUUUAGCAGAAGCCGUUUCAAGGAAAACCCUCUUCAUAAUAGCACAUAUUCUCACUAAUUCUUUUUAACAAAUGCAGUAAUGCACUUCCAGCUCUACAAUGCUAUGAUUCUCACUUUUGUACUGUGUCUUAACAGUGGAGGAAUUUGAUCUGUAUAUUUUAAAAAUAUUUUUCAGACUCUUAGUGUACAGUCUUCAACCAAUGGCCAGUUUGUGGCUCCAAGUGAUAUUCAGUUGAAAUGCAAUUAUUGCAAAAAUACUUUCUGCUCAAAGCCUGAAGUACUGGAAUGGGAAGUAAGUAAAUUAUAUCAAAAUGGGAUAUGUACCUCUUGUAUUGAACAUAAAAUGUUGUUGAUACUUUAUUGAUGUAUUUAAAAUCUUUAUAGCCCACCCAAGUCGCUGUUUAAUAUUUCUUUAAUAAUCCUAGUUGAAUGUUACCAGCCUUUUCAUUCUUUAAGGCCUUCUAGAGUGACUAUGUAAAAUUCACUCGUUAGUAGAGAUACACUUAAUACCUACCAAGGAAAGGGCAUUUUCUAUAGCGGUGCCUCAGCUAUGAAAAACCCUCCCUAAGAAGGCGGACCUAGCAUUGCAGACAUUUCAGCUCCAGAUCUUCCACCCCAAUUUUAUUUUAUUAUUCAAAUUAUGUGUGAGUUGUUGGAUUCAUGGGGAAACUGUUAGGACAAAAGAAAAGGAAUACAUUCUUGAUGACCAACACAUUCCAGACAUCUAUGGUUCAAUUCCAGUUACUGCCAGUUCUUUCUCUCAGGCACACAGUGUCUUGUUUUCUAGUACAGUGGUACCUCGAGAUGCAAACGGGAUCUGUUCCGGAGCCCCGUUCGCAUCCUGAAUACAACGUAAGACGCGUCUGCAAGGGUCGUGUUUUGCCGCUUCCGUGCAUGUGCGUGACAUAAUUUUGACCAUCUGCGCAUGCGCAAGCGGCGAAACCCGGAAGUAACGUGCUCCAUUACUUCUGGGUCGCCGUGGAGCGCAACCCGAAAAUACUUAUCCUGAAGCAUAUUUAGCCCAAUGCAUGACUGUAUCUGUUUCUUAUAAGUUGUAAAUCACCCAUGUAUUCUAAAUUAUUAGAUAGACGGGAGAAAAACCCAAUGUAGAAAACAAUGCCCUGCUCACAUUGCAGCCUUUGGUUUUCCUCCCAUGAAAAUGUUGUUUGUUUGUUUGUGCAUGCAUGGCUGUACGUAAAAUACUUUGUGGUAUUCUGAGAGGAGUGUGGAGAACUAUUUAUCCUGCUCCUAGGAAAUGGGGUGGAAUGGACAAAGACACCCUAGUUCUUCAAACCAGCUGGAGCUCUUACUGCUGCUGGAACUUGCUGUGGGUGUGCAAAGUCUGCUUUGCAAGUUAGCUGCAGAACAUUAAUUUGAAAAUACAUAUAAACAGCUCUGCCCUCUGUAUUCCUAUAGAAUGGCUUUUGCUAAUCUGGCAACUGUGCCCAGCAAGCAACAUUGCCCAAUCCUUGGUUAAAAAAAACACAGUUCUUACUUUUAUUAGUCAAACUAUAAAAGCCUUAAUAUGUCAUAUUCUUGAUAUUGUUGGAUGAUUUGACAUUUUAAAGAACUAAUAGUCAAGCGGAUUCUCCUUUGCUUUAAAAAACAAACACAUAGGCUUUUUCCUGAAGGGUAAAGUUUCUCGUGAAUAAGGAUUUCUUUUCUUUGGAUAAAAUGUCUUAAGCUAAUGUAACUUUUUGCCUUUUUUGUUUGAAGUCUUCUAACUUGCCCAUUUAUCUUCUGUGGUAUUUUUUCCAUUAGAACAAAGUGUAUCAGUUCUGCAGUAAAAUUUGUUCUGAUGAUUAUAAGAAACUACAUUGUAUAGUAACAUACUGUGAAUACUGUCAAGAGGAGAAGACUCUGCAUGAAACGGUGAAAUUUUCUGGUAUCAAGAGACCAUUCUGUAGUGAAGGUGUGUUGUGUCUCUCUGGUGCAUAUUGCUACCAAUAUUGUCAUUUGUAAACGUAGUAUUUAAGUAUUUCAACAUUACAAAAACACGUGAACCAGUUUGGGAUGUGUCUGGGGCCUAACUGAAGGAGCCAGUAGGCCGUAGCCUGCCAUUUAUUUGAUCUGAGGUAGUUUUUGUCAUCUGAUACUUAGACAGACUCAUGGCUGAGUAAUAUCAACAUCCAAUAUCCAAUGCUGUCCGCAUGGAAGCCAAAUGGACUUCCAAGGUUUCGCCUUCUUGUCCUUCCCCCUGCAGCCUUUUGCUUGCCCUCAGUAUAUUCUGUGGAGGGUCCUUAGGGGCAGAUUUGGGGGCGUUGCAAGGAGGACGAAAGAAGCGGGGGGGGGCUCCUUGUGUGAGCAUGAGUCCAUUUGUGCAGCAUUAGAUUCCACCCCCAGUGUACUACUGCUUGAAUCAAUUGAAUUUAUUUUUUUGUUUAGAUUUUGCACAUCUAGUACAUUGCAAAAUCUAAUAUAGACCAGCAAAUUGCAUCACAUGCUACAAAAAUGCCUUAACUCUUGUCCACUGCAUGUCCACACACACACACACACACACACACACACACACACACACACUGUACUGUAGAAACAGCUUCUGAUACAGGAAACCUGAGCCUAUGUUUUUCCACAUUCGUUCCCCACCUGCUAGCAUUAUCUGGGAAAAGAACAGAGGACAAGACAGGGCUUGCCAUUAGGCAGAGUGAGAUGGCCAGCUCAGGUGGCAAAUGUUUAGGGGACAGUGGCAGGAUAUUCCUCCUGGUCCCCUGGUUGUAGCCUGCUGUUGGAGGACAGAACUGUUUAUGCUGCAUGAACUGUCCUUCACCUCAAUAGGAUUAAUUGCUAGUCCAGUCAGCUUCUGUACAUGGUAUGGUAGGAGCACCAUUCUAACUUUAGCCUCAGGCAGCAAAUCUUGGGGUGGCCCUGGGGGUUUGUGCAUCUUUUGCAACACAGUGCAAAAAAGCUGGCCUUUUUCUGUUGUUGUUGUUUUUUGGGGGGAACAGCAAGAUCAAGGUGGCCUUUAAAAAGUAAGUGGAUUUUGAGGUUUCAGUGUAUUCUCCUUUUCGGACCAUUCAGACCAACCACUAUUUGGGAAUUUUGCUGAGAUGGUAUAUAAAACAGUCUAAAGCCCUUGAAUGUCUUUGCUAUUGGAUUGUCAUAUAUGGCUAGGAAGCACCUUUAUUUAAACCUAUAAUCUAUGCAAAAUAAAACCAGGGACGCAAUUCUAAUGUGUGGAUUUGUUCAUGGCAUCUCCACUAGAUGGAGCAGUGAACCACAGAAAAAUAAAAUAAAAAGUUACACACUUCAACCUCAGUUGAAACCAUAUGGACAUCUAGAAUAUGAAAUAAUGAGCCAGGAAAUUUUGUUUUCAGUGAUAAAACCCCUGUUAAUACAAAUCCACUUCAGCCAGGGGCAUGGCUAAAUUUUGUUUCUUAAGGAAGUAUUCUGCUGGAAGAGAAUCUUAUAUAGAUAUGUUUGGAUAAGUUUAAUGUAAAAAAAAAAGUCUUAUUGAGCAAAAGCUUUUCAGUGUUUAUUAGUAUUUGAUCAAUAUAUUUUAUCUUGUAUUAUUAUUCAUUUUUCAAUACCCUUUCACAUCUCAAACUAUACAGAAUCAUACACAAAAAGAGAAUAAUGAAAAAUAGUUUAAAAAAUAAUCCAAGCAACAACUAAAGAUAGGUUUAAAUACAGUGCACAUGGACACCCACGGCAGAGGCCCAUAUCAUAUAGGUUUCAUCAACGGUCUGUGUCAUUUUUCUUUUUCCAGGUUGCAAGCUGCUGUACAAACAAGAUUUUGCAAGGCGGUUAGGAUUACGGUGCGUCACUUGCAAUUAUUGCUCUCAGCUCUGUAAAAAAGGAGCAACUAAGGAACUUGAUGGAGUAGUAAGAGAUUUCUGCAGUGAAGAGUGUUGUAGAAAAUUUCAAGACUGGUACUAUAAGGUAAUGCAGUAUUCCAUAAGUAUUCAAAAGCUUGAAAAGAAAUGAAGAUUGAGAGAUAAACUAUCCAAAAUAUUGUUGAUCCAAAUGAUGCAUAUAAAUAAAGAAGUGCAGCUAUAUAACAUGCUAUAAUUUGGUUUGCAUGAUACAGAAAGCCGAACUACGGCUUCCUAAAGGUGUGCCAACAUGCAGGCUCCCAGAGAAAUGCUCCCAGGCACUUUGCUUUUGCCCGGUCCUUUGUAUUGUAGUUGUAGUUGUAGUAGUAGUAGUAGUAGUAAUAAUAAUAAUAAUAAUAAUAAUAAUAAUAAUAUUUCUAUAUCACCCUUCAUCCAAAGAUCACAGGGUCAUUUACAAUAUAAAAACACAAAAAGACAUACCUUAAUAACAAACAAACAAAAUAGCUUUCCCCCCCUCCACACACACACAUACACACACACAAACAAACACACACACACACACACAGUUUAAAAAGCCAUCAAUUGUUUAAUUAGCCUAUAGCCUGGGAGAAGAGGAAUGUUUUUGCCUGGUUCCUAAAGAUAUGUAUUGAAGGCUCCAGGUAAGCCUCCCUUGGAAGGAAUUUCACAGUAGAACUGUGCUGCUUAAAAAUAUUUCAAAGGUAUUACUGUUACUUAUUUUCCCUUUUCAGCUGCCCAGUCUAAACACCUUUUAGAAUAGUAUUUAUAUCACAUGUAUGGUAGUAAUUCUUUCUCUAGUUAACAACAUUGAAAUUGUUUUUAAGGCCGCAAGGUGUGACUGUUGCAAAACUCAAGGAACUCUUAGGGAGAAAGUCCAGUGGAGAGGAGAGAUGAAACAUUUCUGCGAUCAGCACUGUCUUCUACGUUUCUACUGUCAACAAAAUGAACCUAAUAUGGCAACACAGAAAGGACCAGAAAACUUACAGUAUGGUAUGAUACUUCCCGUAACUAACAACACAGAAUAAAAAAGAGAUGAUGUACUUCAGGAAACUCAAGCAAUAUGAGCUUCCAAAAGAGCUCUUUUAAGAUAAAGCACUGGAGCCAUCUAUACAAUAACGUGGUGCACACAGAUAAGCAGGGAUCACCCUAGAGCUCAGCAUGUCAGCCUGCAUGAUCAGUGGACAAAAAUGGAUAGUCUUUUCAAAAAAUGAAAGCAGACACAUUUUUCCCCAUUCUUAGGAGGAUCCCCUGCUACUUGAUAAUCGGUUAAUUAGCUGAACAAUGUUAAGGGCAUAAGAAAAGCCUGCUGGAUCAGUCCAGUGGUCCAUCUUGUCCAGCAUCCUGUUCUUAUUGUGGCUUACCAUGGGAAACCUCAGUGCAACAGCUCUUUCCUGCUUGUGAGUCCAGCAGCUGGCAUUCAGACACACAUUGCCUCCAACCAUAAAGGCAGAACAAUGUUCAUCAUGGCUGGUAUACAUUAUUACUGUAGUAGUGCAACGAGGUUGAAAACAUUUGUAUUACCUUUUAUAACAACUGCAUAAGAAAAAUGGCACUAUAUUAAUUUUCUCUUCUCUCAUUCAUAGAUCAGGGCUGUCAAACCCCCCGAACAAAAACCACAGUAAGUAAAUUGCAGCUUGUAUAGCUGCGUUCAUUGUACUUGUAUUCCACAAAAUAUAGGUGGGGAUUUGUUUUGGUAUUUUGGCUCACAAUAAAACUCCUGAUAGGCUUAUACUGGCCAUCUGCCAGUUCAGAGAACCGAGGUCUGUUUUCUGUAGCACAACUUCUAUGGCAUGACACUUCUGAGAAGUGUCUUGGGUGGGCCAAGCUGCUGUGGGUUAAUGAUUAUAUAGGAAACUUUUGAUGAUCUUGCAAACUCAGCAGCAAUUUAAUGCGUACUUUCUUGUAUCCAACAAUGUUGUUCUGCUUGCAGAACAGAACUUUCCUACCCUCUCCCCUGAAGCCCCUCAGGCACCCUCAAAAUCUGCUCCAGAAGAUUGGAGGAGAGGACCUUUGAGCAGUUUUGGGGGGUGCUUGGGAAGAAGGGAGGGAAGAGUAGUCUCACUGCAUGAGUGGAACUCCUCAGGCCCUGAGCUGGAUACCACAGGUUGAUUUUAGAGAGUUACUGAUGUAAAAGAGUUUAGGGUGUCCUCCCUACUUGUUGCCAGUUGUAUAGAACACUGAAUACUCUCCUCCAUGUCCACUAGAAUGCAGGCUUUAUUCUAAAAGGAAAGAUCCUUCAGGGCUUGGACUUUGUGGUACCUCCCACUAGACUUGUUACAUCUCUUACAUCACUGUAGAAAAUCCAUUUUGAGCUCUCAGAAGCAGCCAUUUAUAGCUUUAAAAAGGUAAAGGUACCCCUGCCCGUACGGGCAGUCUUGCCAGACUCUAGGGUUGUGCGCUCAUCUAACUCUAUAGGCAGCCAGUGCUGUCCGCAGACACUUUCGGGUCACGUGGCCAGCGUGACAAGCUGCAUCUGGCAAGCCAGCGCAGCUCAUGGAACGCCGUUUACCUUCCCACUGGUAAGCGGUCCCUAUUUAUCUACUUGCACCCGGAGGUGCUUUCGAACUGCUAGGUUGGCAGGCGCUGGGACCGAACGACAGGAGUGCACCCCGCCGCGGGGAUUCGAACCACCGACCAUGCGAUCGGCAAGUCCUAGGCGCUGAGGUUUUACCCACAGCGCCACCCGCGUCCCUUAUCCUGUAUUAAAGAAACUUCAGUGUCAGCUGAGUGGGCUAUUGCCCUGCCCUUGUUAGGGGUCUUUCUUUUGUUUUGGGGGUGCUAAUAUUGACUGAUGUCCUUAUUCGCAGGGAUCGGCACCACCUCCUUCCCCAACACCAAAUAAAGAAAUGAAGAACAAAGCAGUUCUUUGCAAACCUCUGACAAUGACUAAAGCAACAUACUGUAAACCUCACAUGCAAACGAAAUCUUGUCAGACAGGUAAACUAUUGAGUCAAAGCACGGGCUGUCCAAUCGCCUUCUUUUGCAACAUUGUUUGUGAGGAAUACAAUUAUAAUCUCAUGAUUGUAUGCUACCCUUCUCGUGCUAGUCUAUAACUGCAUACUGUCUUUUGUUUCAGAUGAUGGCUGGGAAAAAGAAUACAUCCCUGUACCUGUUCCAGUUCCUGUGUAUGUACCUGUUCCUAUGCACAUGUGUAGUCAAAAUGUUCCAGUUCCUACAACGGUUCCUGUUCCAGUAAGCCAGAUUUCAGCCUUGUUUUAAAAUUUGUAGUAUUUUGCAUGCCUGGAAUAUGGUUUAGUAAUCCUAUAUUUUCUUACUGGAAUCAUCUGUUAAGAAGAGUUGAUUGUGCCUCUUAAGAGAUGUCAUAUGCAGCUGCUAGGCUUCAACAGAUCACUCUCUUAAAUAUGCUUAUCUCCGCAGGCAUCUGUUCUAUUGCCGAAAUGCGUUUAUCAUUUCAAUAAGUUGUACCACACCUUUCUACAGAAAGCUGUGCCCCUCUUAUUGCAUGCCCAUAAACCAGCAGCCUGGUUAGACAUGGAGAUAAGUGAGGCAUACAAGGGUAGGAAAGUAAUAAGGAAGCCCUAAGCACGUCAAAGUGCAAGUAGAUAAAUAGGUACCACUCCGGCGGGAAGGUAAAUGGCGUUUCCGUGUGCUGCUCUGGUUCACCAGAAGCGGCUUAGUCAUGCUGGCCACAUGACCUGGAAGCUGUACGCCGGCUCCCUCGGCCAAUAAAGCGAGAUGAGCGCCACAACCCCAGAGUCGGCCACGACUGGACCUAAUGGUCAGGGGUCCCUUUAAUAAUAAUAAUAAUAAAUUUUAUUUAUAUCCCGCCCUCCCCAGCUGAAGCCGGGCUCAGGGCGGCUAACAACAAUAAAACAGUACAAAAGUACAGCAUAAACAACAGUCUAAAAUCAUUCGUUAUAAAAUUAAUUAAUUCAAGCCACUGGCAACCAUUGGGCCAGAGCUCCGCGAAGAUUGCCGAGGGAGGGAGUCAGGCUGUGCCCUGGCCAAAGGCCUGGUGGAACAGCUCUGUCUUGCAGGCCCUGCGGAAAGAUGUCAAGUCCCGCAGGGCCCUGGUCUCUUGUGACAGAGUGUUCCACCAGAUCGGAGCCACAGCCGAAAAGCCCUGGCUCUAGUUGAGGCCAGCCCUAACUUCUCUGGGGCCUGGGACCUUCAAGAUGUUUUUAUUCGAAGACCGUAAGUUUCUCUGUGGGGCAUACCAGGAGAGGCGGUCCCGUAGGUACGAGGGUCCUAGGCCGUAUAGGGCUUUAAAGGUUAAAACCAGCACCUUAAACCUGAUCCUGUACUCCACCGGGAGCCAGUGCAGCUGGUAUAGCACCGGGUGAAUGUGAUCUCGCAGCGAAGACCUCGUAGGAGUCUCGCUGCAGCAUUCUGCACCCGCUGGAGUUUCUGGGUCAGUCUCAGGGCAGCCCCACGUAGAGCGAGUUACAAUAAUCCAGUCUGGAGGUGACCGUCGCAUGGAUCACAGUGGCUAGGUCAGGGCGAGAGAGGUAAGGAGCCAACUGCUUAGCUUGGCGGAGAUGGAAAAAUGCCGCCUUUGUUAUAGCUGCAAUCUGCGCCUCCAUGGAAAGGGAGGUGUCGAAGAUUACACCCAAACUCUUAACGGACGGUGCUGGCACUAAUUGCGCCCCGCAAGAGAUGGGAGUUGCCCCCAAUCCCAUAUCGCCCCGUCCCAGCCACAGGACCUCUGUCUUCGAAGGAUUUAGCUUCAACCGGCUCCCACGAAACCAUCCAGCCACAGCUUCCAAACAUCUAGUCAGUGUGUCUGGGGCCGAGUCAGGAUGGCCAUCCAUCAACAGAUAGAGUUGGGUGUCAUCGGCAUACUGAUGGCAGCCCAGCCCAAAACUCCGAACAAGCUGGGCGGGCGCAUAAAGAUGUUGAAAAGCAUCGGGAGAGUAUCGCACCCUGAGGUACUCCACACACCAAGGAGUGGCGCGAUGACAAUUCCCCCAAGCGCCACCCUCUGUCCCCGACCAGAGAGAAGCGAGCGCAGCCAUUGAAGGACUGUGCCCUGGAUCCCCACGUCGGCAAGGCGGUGGUCUAGAAGUUCGUGAUCGACCAUGUCGAAAGCUGCUGACAGAUCUAGAAGAAUCAGCAGCCCCGACCCGCCUCGAUCCAGCUGUCUACGAAGAUCAUCUGUUAGGGCAACCAGAGCCGUCUCGGUCCCAUGACCAGUGCGGAAGCCGGACUGGAAUGGAUCCAGAGCCGAUGUUUCAUCCAGAAAACCACCAAGCUGUUCAGCAACCGCUCUCUCAAUCACCUUACCCAGGAACGGAAGAUUCGAAACCGGGCGGUAAUUGGAUAGAUCUAAAGGAUCUAAUGAUGUUUUCUUUAAGAGCGGGCGCACCACUGCCUCCUUCAGUUCCCCUGGGAAUGUCCCGUGCCAAGGGACAAAUUGAUGAUAUCCCCCAGAAGGGCCCGCACCUCGUCUGGACACGCUCUAAUCAGCCAAGUCGGGCACGGGUCGAGAGGACAGGUGGUGGGCUUUCCAGCUCGGAGGAGUCUGUCCACAUCGGCUGGGGAUAUCCGGUCGAAGUGGUCCAAUACUGGACCCGAGGACAGUCGAGGGGCCUCCAGUUCCUUUAUUGUAUCCAAAUUGGCCGGGAGGUCAUGGCGGAGCAACAAGACCUUCUCCGCAAAAAAGCUCGCAAAUGCCUCACAGCUGUGUGUCAAAUUGUUAUUUAAAUUUGGCUGUCCCGACUUCCGGAGGCGGCGCCAACAAGUAAUGGCGAUCUCCUCCUAAUCUCGGAGGAGAAGCUCCGCGAAAAUCGGGUCGAUCCGCUACGGCGCAGCGGAGACCCUUUUGAAACCCGCAGGCGGAGGAAGCCUGCGGUCGUGGGACUCGGCGGGUGCCUGGAGCGCGCCCCUAAACGGCAAAGGAACCCGCGAGGGGCUCCGAAGCAGGACGGGGGUGGCGCGGCACUGUGAGUCUUCUGCUACUUUCGCGGAGUGAAGCCGUGCGGCUGUUGCUGGAGAGCGCUGACCUUUCUUCCUUGACAAUUCGGCUGUCAAAACUACAACCCGUGAGUAGGUUUGACGUUAUAGAAGGACCAACUAAAAUUUUUGAACAAAUUUGGCUGAAGCGGGAAGGUGUAAAAAGGAAGUCCACCUCCCGGUUUGUAUAAAGGAUUAAAGCAAAGACUGUGUGAGUUCGAUACCAAAGACUGUCAAAAGAGACUGAAACACAGACGUCAAAUUUAAAAAUUUCCCUCCCAUAAUUGGAGAAGGGGGGGAAGAAGAGACAGUAUUUCUUGUUAAUUUUGUGUAAUUUAAAGAGUAAUAAGGAAACGAAGACCACCUCUCAAUCCCUGGGGACAGACUGCCAGGUUUGGAAAGAUUGGAUAUUUUGUUAGCACUCUAAAUGGACAAUGUAUCUUCUUGCCUAUUAACUUUACAAAAUUGAAACUUUGGAAAAAAAAGUUGCCUCUUUGGCUGAAGGGGUUUAAAAAAAAAAAAAAAAGUUUUUGAGAGUUUUCAUUUUUGAUACUUUAUUACUUGUGUCCCCCUGGAGGCCAAAGGGGAAAAAGUCUUUAAUUGAUUGAGGAAUUUUCCACUCAACAGCAGCCUGGGAAAGCUUAACAGCAAAACAACCCCAACUGUGAGAGUGACCUUGACUUCUAGAUAAAGUGCCAUGGAUGAAAGAAACUUGAGGUCCGGGAAAGGCAGGCAACAGAGCAACAUUGCUCAACAGCAACAGCGUAGGCCAUCCAUCGCUGGGCCACAAGGAGAGGAAGAAGGACUUGCCAGUUUAUUUAAAAUUGUGAAUGAAGGUUUUGAAAAAUUGGGUCAACAGAAUGCCGAGGCACUAGAAGCUAUUAGACAAAACUCUGCAAGUAUUGAUAAGCUGACUCGACAGACUAAUGAAAAUACAGAUGUGAUUAAAAAAUUACUGGAACAAUCUGCUGAAACCCAAAAAACAGCUUUGGAAGCUAGAGAAAAGGCGGUAGCUGCUGAAGAAAAAUUACCACCUUUAAUUAAACAAGUUGAAGAGCACCACAUAAGAUUGGGAACGCACCAGGAAGUGCUAUCUGUCCUUGAGCUAAAGGAGAAACAGACCAAUCUAAGGAUCAGAGCAGUACCUGAGAUUGAGAAAGAGAGCCUGGUAGACUUUUUGACACAAGAAUUUGCCAAUUUUUGGCAAUUGAACGAUAAGGAAGAUUUCAAGAUAACGUCUGCUUUCAGGCUUGGAAGAGGAGCAAGAAAGAACAGAGUGAGAGACUGCCUGAUUACCUUGCGAUCUAAGGAGGAACGAGAUAAAAUUUUGAGUUCACAUUACCGAAAUACACUGAUAAUACAAGACUCAAGGAUAGAAAUAUUUAAAGACAUUCCAAAGCUCCUUUUGGAGCUUAGGUCCAACUACCGGGACCUGGUGACGCUGCUGAGAGGAAACAGAAUUUUUUCAGGUGGGAAUUUCCUCAAGGCCUAUCUUUAAUUUUUAAAGGCAAGAAAAUUAAAAUAAAAUCUGUGGAGGAGAAACAGAACUUUUUGAGAGACCAUCAAGAGGACCUACAAAAAGGAUUGGGGAAGGAGCCAGAAGCCCCUUUACCAGGAUUGGAUCCUACAUUACCACCGUUGGGAGAGGAUAAGACAGAGAAGGCGAAACCACCAACAGAAGAAGAAGAGUUAUUGGGAGCAGUUGGAGGAAAAUAAAGAAACCAUCAUGGCUCUGCAACUUUUAACUUGGAAUGUUUGUGGCCUAAAUUCUCCGGAAAAAAGGAGGAAAGUAUUUCAUAUACUUAAAAAAGAACAAUUGGACUUAAUCUGCCUACAGGAAACUCAUGUGACGAGGCUCCACAGGAAAAUACUGAUUAAUAAGAGAUUGGGUCAAGAAUUUAUUUCAUCAGAUAAAGUUAAAAAACGAGGAGUGGUCAUUUACGCAAAGGAGAGCCUCUCACCAAAAUUCGUCUUUAAGGAUGAACAAGGAAGAUUCAUAGCAAUUGAAAUUCAAGUACAAGGAGAAAAAUUUUUGAUAGUAGGCUUAUAUGCACCAAAUGAGGGGAAAUCUAUAUUUUACAAAAAGUUGCAUGAGAUCUUGAUGGACUAUAUGGACUAUAACACUGUUUUUAUGGGAGAUAUGAAUGGGGUGGUUUCCACAAAUAUGGACAAGUCACAAAGAUAGGUAGUUACUAAAGAUGGCAGACUACCGAAAACAUUCUUUGAAUUAACUGACAAUAUGGAUCUGAUUGACAUCUGGAGAACUAGGAAUCCCCUUGAUAGAGAAGGAACCUUUUUUUCUGAAGCCCAAAAGACAUGGACAAGAAUUGACCAAAUCUGGACUACUAGAGGACUGGCACCUAAGGUUAGGAAGAUAGAGAUCUGCCCAAAAACAUGCUCCGACCAUAACGCCGUGAGAAUGGAGAUGAAGUUAACAUCUACUGGUUCCUUCCGAUGGAGGAUGAAUGACACCUUGUUUAGAGAUCAAGAGGUGAUCAAGAAGGCCCAAAAGACAUUGAGAGAUUACUUUGAGAUAAAUUUGAAUACAGCUGUAGAAAAAAGAACAAUCUGGGACGCAAGUAAAGCUGUUAUGAGGGGCUUCCUGAUUCAACAGAAUUCAGUUAAGAAGAGGGCCCAAAAUGUAAAGAAAGAAAAAAUUCUGGAACAAAUAAAGGAGGGCGAGAAGAAACUGAGAGUGAAGCCCAACUCACAAGAGAUUCUGAGGGAAAUAAAAUUGCACCAAGUGCAGUAUAUGAAAUUGAUAAAUCAAGAAGUGGAAUGGAAAAUUAAACAAAUGAGACAAAAGACUUUUGAAUCGGCAAAUAAAUGUGGGAAACUGCUGGCUUGGCAGUUGAAGAAACGACAAAAACUCAAUACUAUUACUAAUUUGGAAGUGGAAGGAAAAAUAUCCAGAAUCCAGAAGAAAUUAGGAAAUGCUUCCAGAGAUAUUUUAAACAAUUAUACACACAAGGGCCUCAGAAAGAAUUUGAAAUAGAGCAAUUUCUGAAAACCAAUGGAUUACAAAAAUUUCUCAGGAUAACAAGAUAUUGCUGAAUUAUAAAAUUACAGAACAGGAGGUUGAAGGUGCCAUUCAGAAUAUGCAGCUGGGAAAAUCUCCAGGUCCGGACGGUUUAACCUCAAAAUAUUACAGAACUUUGAAAGACUGGCUAAUUCGACCAUUAACUGAGGUUUGCAAUGAAAUUUUAGAGGGGAAAAGAGCGCCAGAGUCGUGGAAGGACGCAUUUAUUACACUUAUACCAAAGUCUGAGACUGAAAAGACACAGCUUAAGAACUAUCGGCCCAUAUCCCUGUUAAAUGUGGAUUACAAAAUUUUUGCUACAAAAAACCUUUACCUAACCUGUUUAUGGAAUUAACCAAUUAAUGCAGAGCAUUCAUAUCUUUUCCACCACCCUAACAUUGAUAUACUGAAAUGUAUUCUAGUGUUAUCCCUCUAAAUGGGGAUACCACUAUUUUUAUAGGAGUGGUUGAGAUUCCGGAGAACGUAGGGCUGUAUCCAGUUGUGUCCAGUAGAGACCUCUGUGGGUGGGGAGGUAACACUGCACCAACAGGGCUAAUCCAGUGUUACCACUGGUGCAUUUGCACUGUUCCCCCCCCCGCCCGCCCCUGCAUCUUCUGCAGAGCGUUUGGUUGGAAUAGCAUGGGAGGCUGCAGAAGAAAGGGGGAAUUUACAAAAUCACAUCCUCCCCCACCCCCUUGUGCUUAUGGAAGCAUGUGGGAUUAAAGAGCCCACCCACUGUAAGUGAAGUGGGAGACAGAAUUAAGCCUUGGGGCUUUUUUAUUUUUAAUGCUGUGCCUUUAAAUAUAUUAUUCAGCCUGUUUUUGUGGCCUUCUGCUUAUAGUCCCCUGGGUGCGUGUGCAGUAAGUGAGUUAUUUCUCCUUUUCUGUUUGUCCCUACAUUUAUAUGCCACUGGUUGUUUCUCCUUCGGAAAAAUGGCUGUGAGGACUUACUCCAGUUCUGCUUUCUUGGCGUUAGCGGUACUUUCGUCACUAAUGAUUUAAUCUUUCCUAUACUAGGUACCAGUUCCGGUUUUUCUGCCCACCACACUGGAGAGCAGCGAGAAGAUACUUGAAGCAAUAGAAGAACUAAAUAACAAAACAAAUUCCAGUCCUGUGAAGGCUGAGGAGGAGUCACUGGCUGUAGCAGAAGAGAUGCCUGUAAAAGAGGAGAAAGUGGAACCUCAAGAGCUCAAAAGUAUGUCUUGGUAACAGGGGUUUUUUAUUAUUGGUUUGGCAAAUUUGAAUCUGUCCUCAGUGCUUAUGUGGUGAACCCACUCCCACUGCAAGUUCGGAGGGGUAAAAAAUAAAUAAAUAGCAAGGAUGGUGUAGACAGUUCUGUUCCCUGUCCUCCUCUCCAUUUGGGUUUUGUGGCCAAUAUGGCUGGCUAUAUCAGUUGUGGUGAUCUGGAUGGGAAUAAAGUGGUAUUAUGCAAAGGGCCAUGGAAGGUGGACAUCCAUAGCGCAACUAUACCUAGACUUUGGGUGGUCUCCCUCCCUUAGUGACAUGGGACUAUUUCAAGAGGGAUGGGUCCCCUUCUGGAAAAGAGGAUGCAUUGCACUAGAGGCAGGGUUUGGAGUGCUUAUCUGACGUCCCCUCACCACCAUUGCUGUGGCUUACCGAGAGAGGAAGCGUGGAGGUGGUAGCAAGCUCAGUGCAUUGUCAGUGCACCAGCAGAACUAAUCCAGUGCUCCCGCCGGUGCAUUUGCGCUGUGUCAACCUCACUGCUUGCUCCCCUAAGGAAGCUACAGCAGCAGUGGUGACAGGAUGUCAGAAAAGUGGCCCUGCCCUGUUCUGCCCUCCUGACUACUAUUGACUGCAGGAGAGUGCGCAUGCACUAGGAUUUGAGUGACAGCUGACUUGCACUGGCCCUGCUGCUUUCUUCUUCACCCUCUUGAUAUAUAUACAGGACUUUCUUGAGAUGACAACCUCCCUCUCUUCCCUCAGUGGACUGUAUGAGCAAAGAGUGAUUGUUGUGUGUUCCUUUUCCCAGACACAAUGCUUUUUCCUGAUGGAUGCUAUAUUCUGGAGCUAAGUUUCUAGUCUUAGGCCCUAGGACAGGGUUUAAAGUUUGGUUUGAUUGGUAUUUUCAAUGAAUCAUUUAUAUUGUUUUUGGAUAAUAAAUCCUGUUAAAUAAAAUAAAACCAAUAUACUGGGUGGUAUUCAACUACAUUUUACUCAGAGUAGACCCAUUGUUCAUGUUCACACAUUAGUUACAUUGCCUUUCUUUAAUUGCAGGUGUAAUAACUGAGACAGGUGUAAUAACUGAGACAGAAUUGCCCGACUGUAAAACAGAAACACAGGAAAGCUUGCCUGAUAUUCCAUAUGAGCCAGACCUUGACAUUGAGGUUGAUUUUCCUAGAGGUUUGUACACUCAGUUUUAAAAUGGAUAGGAUUAAUGCCAACAUGGGGCCAACUUCUUUAACACUUGUUUUCAUCCCUUCCUCACCGCAUGGAUGUCUUAGUUUUAUUAAUGUGUUAACAGUUUCUGACUCAAAGCCUUUACAAUGGCUUAGAGAAAUCUACAAACAUGUUGGUAAUUUUAUCCUUUUAAAAGAGAGCAUGAGUGCACCUGAAUGCCUGGAUCAGGCCAUUGUCUGUCUGGUUCAGCAUUCUUUGACGUUCUGGUCAUCUAGUGUCCUUUGGAAGUUCUCAAGCAAGACAUGAUGUUGAAAGACGCCACCUGUUUUUGUCCCUUAAUCUGGAAUUCAGAGGCACCCUUCCCUUGAAAAUGGGUGCAACUGUUAUUCUUUUCUUACUGUUCUGGCUAUAAGCCAUUGCUAUCCUCUAAUUCAGGGAUGUCCAACAGGUUGAUCACGAUCUACUGGUAGAUCCUGGGAGGUUUAGGUAAUUCUGUAAGUAGAUCGCAGUCUCUUGGGAGUUGGCCACCCCUUUUCUAAUUCGUAUAAAAGCCAUAUUCCGCGGUAACAGUCACCACAUGAGUUCUGCACUGCACUGCAGGAAGAUACAUUUUGUUUGUCUUGAACCUAUUGGCCAUCAAACUUGGUUCCAGAAUUUUAUAUCUACAUGAGGAGGGACUAGAUAUCCCUGUCAACUCACAUGCCCUCAGCUAGGAAGGUCUCAUACUAACAAACCAAUACUAGACCCCAUGUCUUGCACUUCUCUCUCUCUCUCUCUCUCUCUCUCUCUCUCUCUCACUCUUUUGCACUUCUCUCUCUCUCUCUCAUACCAAAAAACAAAGGGAGUAGAAAUGAAGUGAUAAAUUGUUGUCUUACUCAAGCACUACUGAAGCAACCACUUUUUAGAAAGCAAUAAAUGUUACGCUACCAGUGCGUCUCAGAAUACUGUCUUCUGCAGGUUUUUCUAGAAUAGGGACCAGCACUGAUGAAUAAUGUGUAAAACACAUUGUACAAUAAUUAAGGCUUCUGUCAGUUAUAUGCACCCGAUACAACAGUUUUAGGUUACAUGACAUUUAACUGCAUUAAUACCCUUCCAAUAUAUGUACAGCAACAGAGGAACUUGACACAGAAAGUGAAUUUUUGCUGCCACCUGUCUUUGGAGAGGAAUACGAGGAACAGCCAAGACCUCGAACUAAGAAGAAGGUACGCAUAUAGUUUUUGUGACUGAAAUGUAUUCCAAACUAAUAUGCGUUGCAUGGGAAAUGGAAGAUAUGGUUGUGACCUUUUGUAUAAUAGGAGCCUGAAAUAGCCCUACCAUGAAUGAAGGUGAAGCAUUUCAUUAGGUGACAGUCAUGUGCUAUUAAAGUUUUUUGGGGGGGAGGGGCACUGAGAAGGUCUCUUGAACUAAACCUACUGAAAUGAAAGGAGCUGUGUAAACAGCACGGUAGUCUUUUUAUGCCACUUCCUUUGAUACAAUGGAGCUUCCUUAAGAUAAUGCCUUUCUAAAUGGACCAUGCUUCAUAUUAAAUCAGCGAAGAUCUCCAUUUAGAUUUUCCUCCUCAAGCAACAACACCCCUGAGAGUAAUUCUUAAAGUAACACAAAUGUUUGGAUUUCUCAGAGUCACACAUGUCUUACCUACCUUUCCAAAGAGCUGGUAACAAUUAUUUAACAAUCUAAAAUUUUAAGACUGCCUUUUAGACAUAAUGUUGAAUAAAAUUAUUCCCAACUCCAGAAUGUAGUUUACCUUUCUCAAGCUUGUUGCCUCUGAAAACAAUGCUGUAAAGUGCCUUUACACUGGUGGCCCUAAUUAAACAAUAAUUGCAUCAUCAUUAUUAUUAUUUAUUGCAUAAUUAAAACCAACUUUGGAUCUUAGUGCAGAACAGUUAUUGAAAGGGAUUAUAUUAUAGGGAGUCAUCAUGCUGAUUUGAGCUCAGUAAAGUGCAAGUAAUUACUUGUGUGUUUUUGUGUGUGUUUUUAAUAAAAGGCUUGAUGGCUGGUAUUUAUGACUUUCUUGGCUUUCAUUUGCCCAUAGUAGAGUGCAGAAGUGGUGUAAAUUCAAUGUUUAUAAGCAGUAAUGUUUACAGAUCUGUUUUAAUGGCAGGGAGCGAAGAGAAAAGCAGUGUCAGAGUACCACUCUCAGGAUGAUAGCUCUGAGAAUUCAGAGUGCAGUUUCCCCUUCAAGUAUGCGUAUGGUGUAAAUGCGUGGAAACACUGGGUAAAAACUAGGAAUCUAGAUGAAGAUCUGCCAGUAUUAGAUGAGCUGAAUUCAAGUAAGUAUUUCCUACUUAGCUAUAAGUCUCAGGUCUGGCAGGCAGGCAGGCAGUGGGUUGAGCUUAGACAGUGGGUUGAGCUUAGAUCGGGGUUCGAAUUCUGCUUUACCAUGUUUUGUUGGGGUGGCUUUGGGCAAGUUGCUCUCAGCUUGAGUGCCUGAUCUGUGAAACAGGGUCACAGCAAGAUAUUACAAAUAAUAAUUAAGAGUACCAAAUAGUUAAGCGUUAUAAAAGUGUUAAUGGAAAUUGCCAGUUUUAGUGAAAAAAUUCUCAUCUGAGAUGGGCUUCUUCGAUAGUAUUUGCGUUUGCUUUUGUAUGCAUUUUAUCUGUUUCCUGUAUUCUGCUAGAUGCUUUGUUUUAUAACAUGGAGUUUGCGUUACAUGAUUCUCAAUAUUUUGCGCUACAGCUAAAACAGUGAAAUUGAAAGAAGAUAUCGUGUCGCAUACGUCUGCUGAGCUAAACUUUGGGUUGGCACACUUUGUUAAUGAGAUCCGAAGACCAAAUGGGGAAAACUAUGCACCUGACAGCAUCUAUUAUUUGUGUCUUGGGAUUCAGGAAGUGAGUCAUUUUAACAACAGUGUAAUCUGUACGGGAGAGAUAUCAUGAUAAGCUUGAAUGAAAGACUGGCAGUGGCAAAAUAAGGAAUUAUCUGUUGAAAUACUUUCUAAAAGUAAACGUGGCCAAAGUGGAACUGGCUGAAGUGGAAAACAAAUACUUUUUUCUUUCUUUCAACCCAAAACCGUUCCCUUCCCCUUCUGGGUCUCCCUCCAUGCCCCCCACGAUUAAAUAUGUUUUUUGUAACUAAUGCUACUAGGUGUCUUGGUCUGUAGAAUAAAUUGGUUGUUGUAUCCAAAGCUUCCAUGGGUUCAAUUCUAGUCACAGAAGGCAUGCUCCUAGCACCCAGUAACAGAAGUCCAGAGAAUAAUUAUCUCCUCUCUUAGUUCGAAGGCCUUUGCAUUCCUGGAAGAACCUCUGUGAAUGGAAGGGAAUGGAAGCUAUUAAUCCAACCUAAUAUUUGACAAGCCUGUUAAUUACUAAACUGAGACAAAUGUGUUAAACUGAGGUGCUAUCAUAUGCAAGAAGCAUAAAAUACAGCAGCUUAAAAUAUAUAAAAAUAUUCAAACCUUCAAACACUUUUAACCAUAUCCUUUUCUGCAAUUUUAAAUUACUUUGUGUACUACCCUGGAAUUCAUUUUUGGAGGGAGAGUGGUUUGUAAAACUUAAAAUGAAUAAAUGGCCUGCUUUCAUAUGUAUAUAAAAGGAAUAGUUUUUGCUUCUGUUUUUUGUCUUGGUCUACUAAAUAUUUUGCUUUUCCGCUUUUCCUGUAGUAUUUGAAUGGAAGCAAUAGGAAAGAUAAUAUCUUCUUGGAUCCAGAUUAUCAAACAUUUGAGCAGGAAAUAAAUAAAAUACUCAGAAGCUGGCAACCAAGCAUACUUCCAGACGGUAACUGUUCUUGUCUUGGUCAUUACCCUAUUUUCUUUCUGAAUUCAUGCUCCUUAAGCAAGUUCAGUGCAAUUAAAACGCCGUGUUUUAAGUUCCAUGAAGCUGAUUGUGAAUCGUAGAUACAUGUAAACUUCAAUUGAUUGGUUAGACUGAAGAGGUGGGACUGUGAAUUUUUAAUUUGUAGCAGAUAUUUCUGAGAACUAUUAACUGAUAAUUCAGUUUAGCACAUUUUCCUUUUGUUAAAUUCCAUAGGUUCAUUUACAGAAUACUCAUAUCCCCCCCCCCUUUCUCCUACCAGGUUCAAUUUUUUCUCGGGUUGAAGAAGACUAUCUGUGGAGGAUAAAGCAGUUAGGAUCCCACUCUCCAGUUGCUCUUCUAAAUACACUGUUCUACUUCAACACCAAGUAUUUUGGCCUGAAAACAGUGGAGCAGCACUUAAGACUUUCCUUUGGCACCGUUUAUAGGCACUGGAAGAAAAAUCCUCUAACCAUGGAUAGCAAAGCUUGUCUGAGAUACCAGGUUUCCUCCUUAUGUGGAACGGAUAACGAAGGUACCAUAACAUUCUGAAGUGAAUAUGGUGGCGGCAUCCAUAUUUGGCCCAGUCGAAAGGGCCACUGGGCUACUUACUUGGCUCUAUAAAUUUCUACAGGCUUCUAAAUUUCCGCAACCUGCCCUGGGACUCUGUGGUGGAGGGUGGGUAAGAAAUCAACAGCAACAGCGCCAUCUCUCUCAGAAAGACCUGAGACAGUGGCUGACCUCUAGCUAAAGGGGAGAGGUCUGCCUCUGGAAAGAGGGCAGAUUGCACACUCAGCUCUGUAUUGUCUCCACUGGUUAGCCCUGCACCUCCAGAGUUUCUGACCAGGUGUCUUUCUCACUUGUGCCUCCUUGAAGCCAGACCAUGUGCUCUACCACGGAGCUGUGGCACUCCCACAAAGCUGUGGCAAAGAAACCACGGCCACACUUAAAGGACAGAUGUUAUGGAUUUUAUUCAAGGCAGGUUCAUUGCAUUGUGUUUUCUCUUUUAUAUUCUACCUCGCCGUGUAUCACAUAGAACACCUCGCUCUUCCCCAUUCUUUGCAUAGAAUUGAGAAAGAGCAGCUGUAAACUGAGGGUUGCUCAGUCACUACUUACCAGCUGAGGAGAUGUAGCUAUGAUGGCAGGGGUGGGGUACCACCAGCCCACACUGCUUUGGGAUCCAUCCUCUGGCCUUCCCUCUGCAGCUUCACCCCUUCAAGAGAAAGUUAGAAUUACCAAUUUAUUGGGGGGGAGAGAUAAUGUGUGAGGUGGCAGCUGGGGAGGGAAUGCUUAACCCUAACCUUCUCACUCUCCACAUACCUCCACCUUCCAAAUCACACAGCCAUUUGUGGGGCAGGGCUGUUAGGUUUAGCUGGAAAGGUUCAACUUCCAGGACUGUAGCCUUUGGGCUUGCGCUCCUUUCAUUCCAUUCUGAUAUUCUUUUGUCUCAUCUUUUUCUUUUUUUCUUCUGUUCUAGAAGAUAAAAUUACUACUGGAAAAAGGAAGCAUGAAGAUGAUGAGCCGGUAUUUGAACAAACUGAGAACACAGCGGAUCCCUCUAGAUGCCCUGUGAAAAUGUUUGAAUGCUACUUAUCUAAGAGGUAUUGAAAUAACAGUAGCGGUGAAGCCUGUGUAUAUGUAAAUCUGUUUCUUAUUGCUUCUAUUCUCUUUCUUAACAGAGAUAAUUAUGCUUUCUCAUAAGAAAGAUACAGCAUAAUGCAAACAUAAUUCUUCCUUAUUUCUUUAAAAAGAAUAUGAUCUGUAACGGCAGUGACCUCUUCGUCUGCAUGAAUGUUUGGACUGUUUCCAUUUGGGUUGUCUCACAAGACCCCCUCUUUUUUCCAGGUCUUUUCCCUCUGUUUCUUUUGAGUUGGUGGGCUACACCAAAUUAGUUUUAUUUGUACCCAUGUCUGCCUUGCUUCUGCUGAAAAGCCAAUAGGGGGAGCACUAGGCAUGUAUCUAAACAUUCAUGAUAAGAUUCAGAUUGUUAAAGGAAGAAUGGACAGGACAACAGUAGAAAAGUCUGAAUAUGAUCAUCCUUGGGCUGUUUGCAGUAGUAAACCUCAGUUGCUUGUUUCUAAGUGGGUUUGGGGAUGAUAAAUACUGAUUUUAUGAACUUUUCCAUAGUGUGACUUGUGUUAAGGUACUAGCUUUUGCAUGUUACAUGAAGUCACUACUUAACUAGGUGCUCUUCUGCUCUAACAGAAGUAUGUGGAAAACCGUAGUUGUACCCUGACAGCAUAUGAAUGAAUGUCUAUGUGGAUAGGCUGUGUUGUUGUUGUUGUUGUUGUUGUUGUUGUUGUUGUUGUUGUUUUCAUCUUGUCCUCUUCUCGCCUUUCAGCCCACCCAAUCUCAGUCAGAGAAUGGAUGUGUUCUAUUUGCAGCCAGCCUACCCGGUUCCCUCAGACAGCAUGGUCUGGUACACCUCCACCUCAGUGGAUCGCAAUACAUUGGAAAACAUGCUCGUACGGGUUCUUUUAGUAAAAGAUAUUUAUGAUAAAGACAAUUACGAACUGGAUGAAGACAUAGAUUAAACACUUUCCAAACUCUCUGUGGGGGAAAAGGAAAACACAACAGCAUUAGCUAGUCAAGCUGCUAGACUUUUAUUAUGGAAAAAAAGUAAAACAUUUCAAGUUUACUCUUUGUUUAACACGUUUUGUAGCAGUGUACCCUCAGCUGGGUAUUACCAUGUAAAUAAUCUGUGAGCGAAUGUGGCCAUUAUUCUCCAUAGUGGUUUUAGGAUACUUAACAAACACAUUCAUCUUUUUUUUUUAAUUAUUAUUUAUUUGGUUAGGUAUGUUUGUAACUUUUUACAUUGCAAAACAUGAAUGAGAAUGUGCCAUGUGUAUUUCUUUCUCUCUUUUAUUCUUUUUUAGUCAUAG